AUGAACAAGCUCUACAUCGGCAACCUGAGCCCGGCCGUGACUGCCGAGGAGCUCCGGCAGCUCUUCGGCGACAGGAAGCUGCCCCUCACCGGGCAGGUCCUGCUCAAGUCCGGCUACGCCUUCGUGGACUACCCGGACCAGAACUGGGCCAUCCGCGCCAUCGAGACCCUCUCCGGUAAGCCUGCAGGCGCGGCGCUCCGCGUUGGUCAGGGGGGCGUGCGCGGAGACCGCUUACUUUGCUCCCCCCACCAGCCCCGGCUGCCGUCCCUUCCUUCCCCCGGGUUGGUCGAGGCCCCUCGGAGCCCGCGAGGCAGCCUGCACGGCCAGGGGAAUCCCCGCUCGGGCGGGAGUCGGUGGCGACGAAGGGGCUCCCCGCUUGACCCAGACCACCUCCGGCGUUCCGGGGUCCCUGCCGACCGACGGGGUUCUCUCUUCCCCUCGGAGGGCGAUGCUUCCUUGGGAGCCUGCGAGCCGGUCCCCGCGCCCCGUGCGCCCCUUCCCGUUCGCCCCGCGCGCGCGCUGCGCUCCGGCGAGCGGCCCGGCGGGCGAGGGAGGGAUUUUUCGCUGAUUUUUUUCUCCGAUUUUAUUGAGCGGCUCCCGGGCGCUGGGGACGGCUCCCUCCAGCUCUCGUGGCACCCACUAGAUCUCGGGCACCUUUCUACGAGGUGCCCUGUCCCAACUCGACGGGGACCCGGAGCAAAGAGCUCGAGACGUGCCUGGGGGCCCGAGCGACGCGCAGCCCUGGGGCCGGCAGCUGCGCCGCGAGUGAGCCGAGCCAAGGCCGGAGCAGCCGGAGGGGGGAAUUGGCCCAGCCCCGGGAGGGAGCCCGGCCACCGGGAUUCAGUGGGCCGGGCUGGAAGCCGCCGGGAAAGGCCGGCCGGAGAGUAGCGCGCAGUCCGGAUGGCCCUUCGCUGAUGCGCGCGGCUGGGCCGUUUCUUGGGUGGAAUCGGGGGGCAGGAAGAUCAGGCAGGGCGAGCUCACCCACGCAAGAGCCCUUCGGCGUGGGGAUGAGCUGCCCGGCUCCUCGGUAGUUCGCGGGGCAUUCAUACGAACAGUGUGGGGUAGAAGGCUUCGAGCUGAGGGGGCGGUACUGGAGCCGGACGCGCAGUAUUCUCCCGCCUCGGAGUGCGUGUUCAUGUGAACGCUCCCAACUUUCAGAUCAAAAGGACUGAGCCAAGGAAUAGGUCAAAAGGAUGGUUUCACGGGCAGAGGGAGGGGUAAUUCCUUUGGGCAAAAGGAGUCUGUGCCCCCCACGCCCACCCCGAAUAUAGACACUUCCCUCACAAAGUGCUUAAAAUCCUUUCAGAGCUGGAACUUAGUUUCAAGGAGUUCUCACCCCAAAACUGAUGCCUGAUGCUACGUUCCCCACAGUCCUCGCUCUGCCGUGGACUGUGGCGAAUCAAGAAGUGUGCCACCCUCCCUCAGCUCUAGUCGGGUUUCGUUUCUGAGCACCACAACACUUCCACAUUUCUUUCUUUUCCCCACUUUUAAGGUAAAGCAGAGUUGCAUGGCAAAGUCAUGGAAGUGGAUUAUUCUGUCCCUAAAAAAUUAAGGUAAGUACUUUCAUGUUCUUUUGUUUACUACAGUCGAUUUACUCAUAUGACCCAGAAGCAGAGCGAGGUUGCGUCACUUAAGUUUAGGCUGUGGUGCGGUAUGUUGUUUAGUAGCUAGCUGCCUGUUUGCCUCUCUCUCUUUUUGGUGCUUUUGAGUUGUUUUCAUUCUUGAAACCAUCAAGUGUUUCCUCCGGUAUGGAUUCGGUUGUGAAGAAUUGUUUUCAAUUCAGCAACGUGAUAAUUUCUUUGAAAUGUCAUGAUGCCUUAACAAAAGGCUUCCUGUGACGUCUUGAGAAUCCAUUUAUAGUACAAUCCUGCACACAACUGCCUGGAAGUAAAACCCUAGUUGAUGGGGUUUUUUGGGGGGGGGCAGGGAGGUUUGCAUUAAAGUAAACAUGCCUAGGACUGCAGCCAUUAUGCUGGCUAACAUUUUUAGCAAUUCAUUUAGUGUUCCUAUUUUGACCAGCCAAAAGUUAACUGAAAAUGAGCAAGCCCAUGGCAUGCCCUGUGAUUCUUGGUUUGUAUUCAGGGCUAAAGAAGUGUUAAAAGCUACUCCUUAACUUUCAAGCUUCACCUACCUCACACUCCAGAGAUGGGAGAUCUUUGUUGCCAAAGGACCUUACCACACAACCUGUGUGACCUGUACUCCUUUGGAGUAGUUUGGGCUUUUUAUGGAUCCAUGGCAGAAGUGUGAUUUUAUGUUGUUGUUGUUUAGUCAUCUUAGUCGUGUUCGACUCUCUGUGACCCCAUGAACCAGAGCAUGCCUUGGAAACUCUCACUUUCUUCUGAAAGCUUCUCCUUUUUUAUGUCCAUGGAGUUUGCUUGGCAAAAUACUGGAGUGGGUUGCCAGUUCCUUCUCCAGGUGGAUCACAUUUAGUCUAAACUCUCAGCUAUGACCUGUCCAUCUUGGGUGGCCCUGCACAGCAUGGCUCAUAGCCUCCUGGAGUUAUUCAGGCCCCUUCGCAGACAAGGCAGUAAUCCAUGAAGGUGUGUGAUUUUAUAUGGGGUGUUAAUGUUGCCUUCUGAUUUAGUCUUUGUUCUGAUUGCUGUGUAGUAUUUCCUCAUCUGAGGGUUUUCUCUUACCAUGCAAAGCACAUUUAAAAAGUUGUGGUAUUUUAGGUUAUUAUAAUGUAUAAAGUAUGGUGCUCCUGAUCUGUAGAAUUCCAAUUUGCUUUAUGAAUAUUGCUGCAUAAGCAACUGUUCUUUUACCACUGCAGCUGUCUAACACAUUAGCACAUAAGUUCUGCUGCGGACUGUUUCCAAAUCUCUGACAUAAUGGGUGAAGGCUUGUGCUUGUGGCCUUUCUCUUUUUUCCUUUCCGUUCCUCUCCUGCAAGUGUCAUUCUUCAUCACAAGCAAUGUAGCAAGCCUUUGUAGUACACGGGAAAAUUAGUUAAACCAAUACCCAUUAUUGUUGAAGGCUCUGACUUCAUACCUGCUUUGCAUCAGAGUAGUAAAAUUUCCUUUGCAUUUGGGAGGGAUGCAGUGAACAUGCAGUUCCUGAGCGUGUAGAGACAUUUAUUGACUUCCUGAGUAGUGUGCAAGCUCUAGACAUAUUUUUGAGGUUCUGUCUAAGAAAUAGCUUUGGCAUGUUAAUUUCUCAAAAUGCACAGUUUAGUUUUAGUAUUAAAAAAGUGAAGUUAAAACUGGUGUUUGAAAAGAAGUACUGUAGGGAAUUCCCUAUAGAUGCCUUUAGUUAAAAGAAACUACUCCAAAGUUUAAAAGAAAUAGUGCAGAAAUAUGAGAAAUGUUGUGUUUGAAAUAUUUGUAUAGAAUUUUGGAUACUGUGAUAAUCAAGUGGAGAGAAUAUUUAAUGUGAGAAAACUUAUGCAGUCCGAAACUUGUUACUCAGAUCAUUUGUAUGAGUAGCUUCAGAACAUGAAAAAUGCCUUACCAUUAAAUGGAAUACUAUUGUGAGAUUACAUGUAAGCUGCAUUCUUGGUGUUAGUCUGUAGCAGCAAAAACACUGAUUUGCAACAGCUGCUUAGAAAUUCUAGACUUCAUACUGACAUUUGUACCCCAGUGUUUUUAUUAUUUUCCACAUAACUAAUUGUAACGUCCUAAUUUUGUCAUGUGCUAUAUGGAAAUAAACUGUUUGAUCACAGUGUUGUUGGUAGGUGUUAAAUUGGUAACAGUUCUUAGUGUACAGAGUAUACUUCUCACUGAUAAAUCCUCACUCCCAGUCCUUUUUUUCCCCUGGGGGUACGCAGGGGUAUGCAUACCCCUAAACAUUUUGUGAACCUUUGUACUUUUGUCCAUUUAUUGUAUUAAUUUUUCCCAAUUUGAACUAUAAAAUGGUGAUUUUCUUGAGUCAAAAUUACAGUUCUCCUAAACAUCUUUAAAGAAAAAAAGCACUGUUCACUCCUAAAAGUGUUGAAUGCUAGAUAAAGAAAGCCAAGCUAGUGCAAUUCUGUGCAUGCUCAUUCUUACAUUUGAGUUGUCUCUCUUCAGUGGAGCUUACUCCCAAAUAAGUAGGCACUGGAUUAGGAAUGCAUCAGAAAAUUUUGAUUAUUUUCUUUUUAAAUGCAUAAGUGGCAGAAGCUUGUCACUCGUGUGGUCAGUUCCAAAUAUUUGCUACACCAGCAAGUAAACAAGUUUAGGAUUGGAUAUUCUGAUUGCUAUUUGCAGAACAUGAUUUCAGGUAGUUAGACUGGUGCAAAUAUUUAGUGUCAUAUGAUUAGCAGCUUUUCACCCAAUUAGUUCUGUUUUUCUAACACAACACUUGUUUUAACUUUUUACUAUGCAAAAAAAAAAAAAAGGCACGAGAAUGGCAAAUUCUUUGAUAUUAUUAACAUUGGGGGGAGUUGAAACAAGGGAGACAAAUUAAUAAAAUUAUGUUCUAAUACCCUUUCACCUGCCUGUCAUGCUUAAGGAUUCUGAAGGUUAAUUGUCCUAUAAUUAGUUGUAAUCUAUUUGGAGAAUGGGAGCUAUCUAUAUGUUUCAGUUGGAGUAUUACAAUGCUCCUUAAGGUUAAAUUCUCAGAAGCUGAAUGCACGUCCAUCUCCGAAUUCAGUCAGAUCUAGGUAUGCAUCAAACAGCUCCAACACAGUUAGCUUUCUAAAUGUUUUCAUGGGCUUUGUUGGGAAAGUUGGAUGUGUGUAGACAUGGAGAUGGUUCUGGGACAACUUUCCAGAUCAGAUGUCAAGAUAUGGUCAUCUUUAAUUAGAAUGCAAAAAUGUUUAUAUUAAUAAACAAUAAGUGCCUUUCACACCAUGGUAAGUUAAACACAGCUUGAGGAUUUUCUUUUUUUAAAAAAAAUGGUUAGAUUUUGUAACGAGGAGUCAUUUUUCGCUAUUGUUUGGUGGGAUUCAUGGUCAGGUUUGGACUGAAUGUUUAAAUUCACAAGUGUGUGUAUUUACCUGUCUGAUCAAAAUAUAACUUGUUAAGGAAACCUGCUUUGAAUGACACCUCAAGCUACUCUCAAUGCCAUGUUUUAAACUUAAAUUAAUUACUGCUCAAAUCCAUUUGGAUUUAAGCCUGCUAUCUUAAACUUUUUAAAAUGUCUGUUCCAUCCAGAUCAGUAGAAAAAUAACACCCAAGAGCCAAAGUGUACUCUGACCCACAAAAGCUUAUGUCACAAUAAAUACGUCCACUUGUAAAGUGCCCCAUUUUGUUAUGUGUGUGUAUUUUGUAGCAGAUUAGCUCUCUACAGUUAAAGCCAGUGAGGCGUAUUUCCAGUUAAACAUGCUUAGGAUUUGCAAGAGAGAGUAGGCUGCAGAUAUGGUGUAUUUAAGUGGGUUAUAUAGCUGUGCCUUGGUGUAUAGUAGCGCCUCAUUCUUUCCACUCUUGCAGUAGAAAACAAAGUUUUCAGAAAGUAGCAAGAAUGUGAGGAUUCAAUCUGGAUUUGCUAAUCUGCAUUGUGUUCUGGUGCCUCACCUCUUUAUUUCUUAGCGAGCAAGCAAGCUAGGACUCUCAGGCAGAGGUACCUUUGAAAAGGGGGUCUGCCAUAUGACAAUUCUGGGGGCGUGGGGAGGGGUAAUUCAGCCAGAGGCUGACAAAAGGCUCUUAAUAUAUUUCAUGAAUUCAAUAUUGCCAGUUUUCAGUGCUUGGGGUGCAAAUGUUUUAGGGAAGUGCCCUGUUCAUGUUGUUGUUUUCUGCUUCUGUUGUUUUCUGCAGAAAUGGUAAAUAAAGUAUCUCUCCUCAAAAUGCGUUUUAAAUCCAGAUGUUUUACAGAACAUUUAAUUUGAUGAAAAAAUAAUCCAGUUUGUUUAAGGAACUUUUAUGAAUUAGAAGCUCUAAGUAUAAUUAUUAUUGGAAUGGAAAAAUUUACACAAGUGUUUUACAUUAAGCACUGAUUUUGAUUUAGUUGCACACCCUGAAUGGAAAGUUUGCAGUAAUAUCAUGUUGUGAUUUCCUGUAGAACAGAACUGAUAAAGUUUACUUGUAUAAACUCACAGCAUAUACAUGGGGAAAUAUAGCAGUAAUGUAGCAACUGGUGUAAAAUGUUCUUGUUCUCCUGUUUGAAAAAAAAAAGUUAAUUUGUGGGCUAAAAUAUUUAAUAUUAAGAAUAUAAAAAGUGAAUUUGCAGUAUCUAAAUAAAAAGACAUAACAUGUAAGUGAAUGGAAAAAUUGAAAAUGCCUUGAUAAAUAUUAGUUUGCAGCUAAUUUGCAUUAAGAGAUUAAAAGAAGUUAGUAACAUGAUUAUUUUAAAAUUGGUUAAUCUUUUUUUGGUCUCUUUGAAGAGUCAUCCAAAAGUUAUGUGUUCUUGUACUUAAAGGAAAUAAUUUCUGUUGGAAAUGAAGUGUAUGAAUCCUGAAAAUCUCUCAUGUAUUUGUAACAGUUCCUCAUGGGAUGAAGGCAAGGCGCUCCUGUGAUCCUGUUUUAAAAACUAUUGUGUAAUAGAAACAGUUAGCUUUCUCUUCUUCCUAAAGUAUCAGAAACUGAACUUGAUUUUGCUAAUGUAUGGUGUCUUGUGGUGCUCUUUUACAAAUCUAUUUUACAAUUUAUUUGAAAACUCUUGUUUUCAAAUAAAUCACAUAGAAAAGUGUCAGUAAAUAUUUGUUAAUUACAGCUGUGUAAUUGAGUUGUUCCUAAAGCAAACCAGAUCUAUGGUUUCAAUGAGUGUUAUCGAGACAGAGACAGAGGAGAGAGACUUCUGUUUAAUUAUAACAUGUUGAAUCACCUACCGUUCCCAUCAGACAAAACAAUUUUUUAGACUAUAAAAUUGGUUCCCCAGGAGUGACUGGAGUGUCUGGUCUGGAUUAUGUUGUUUCUGUGAGUCAUUUCUGUGGUCGUUAACUGGAUGUAAAGAAACACAAAAGUUAGAGGGAUGAGGGAGUUGUGGAGAAUUUGAGAAUUCUGUGAAUAGAAGUCAACAGUGAAUAUUCUAGUGGAGGGAUAUUAAGGGUUACUAGAGAGACAAUCCAUAUUUUUAAAUGUUCUAUCCCUUGAAUGUGAUUUUGUGAUACAAAGGAUCUGCUUAUGCUUGAAAUAGUGCCGGUGCUGUAAACCAAAAUACCUGUCCUGUGUCCAGGAUAGUAGCAAGAGAAUCUGACCUAUGGCUAGUGACACUCCAUUAUUUCAUUAGUGGCACAAAUGAAAAUAAGUGAUGCAGUGGAGAUAAGCAAAUGGUCUCAACAUGGUUAAAGCCCUGUCCUGAAGUUUGUUUUUCUAAGUUCUUGCCCAUUAUUUUUAGAGCCAGCUUCUCUACAGUGGGAAUUUUGGAAAGGUGUGCGUGCGCAACCAUUUGUCAUCCUAUGUUAAAAAACUUAACUGAUAAAAUGUGCUGAAUAAAAUCUUGCCACUGAGAGUGCUGGGGUGUGGGGAGUAUAGUUGAUUGGGUUAGGAUUGCUGAAUAUAUUGAUGUGGAUGUAUCAUUUUCAUGUUAGUUAUGAGUGACACCAUUUGUAUACAUUUAAAAGCAUAUAUAUGUGCAGAACCUGAUACUGUGGAGUUAGUGUUAGUCACAUGUAUAAACUCAGCACAUAUUAUCACAUCUUAACUAUUGAACCAAUGAAUAAAGCUGUAAAUCCCUGUAUGGGCCAAAGGGGUGGUUUUAAGAAAUGUUAAAAGGUACUAUAGUAGUUGGAAAGAUUGUCAACUCUCACACUGGAUUUGCUGGUGCAAGUUUUAUUUAACACCGUCUACGUAGUGUCGAAACUCCCAUUGUUCUAGGCACAUUUUGUGACAGGGAAUUUCAUUGGCACGAGCAGUUUCUGAGCUCUGGGCGCAGUAGUGUAUCUAAGGUUUCAGAUUAAAACUACAGAGUGGAAGGAAAGGAGGGCCUUUUUCUGCCUCCCCACUUCCAGCUACUCUCUGAAGUCUGGAGAAGAGACCCUCUUAAGAAUAUUAGGGUGGGUGGGUAGGGAAAGGACUAGACCAUGUGAAAAAUUAACAUAAUAUUUUAGCUGCAGUUCAUUCAUUUUCAGCUUUGUAUUCUUGUUAUGAAAAGUGUGCCUGGACAUUCUGUUGUUGUGCCCAUAACCUAGGUUUAAGGUGCCAUUUAGCUCCUAGCUUUCAUAUCUCGGUUUCUAACAUUGCCUCUACGUGCCUUCAAAAUUGUGAUAUAACUUGAUGCCAUGAACAAGCAUUUUCCUUCUGGGCUAAUUUUGUUCAGUAUGAUUUUAAAGUUGAUAUGUUCCUGCUUUUGAUAAUUAACACAUUCUAGUUUCCUACAUGUUAAUUUGCAUUGAUCUAAACAUUCAUUCAUCAGUUUAAAAGGGCAACAAUGCCUUUUCUUUACCAGCAUAAAGGUACAACCAGUUGGAGAAGAUGUUUAGGAUAUAGGACAAUUGCUUUUGAAAAUCUAUAGCAAAUCAUAGCAUAACGAUGAUACAGUAUACAAAACUGUUGUGAAAUUAACAUUAUAGUGUGUAUAAUGGGAAGGUGUAAUGUAAAUUUCUUUCCUGCAUUAACUAAAGACUUAUGAGAAACUAUUCCAGUUCCCUGAAUAUUUCCAUUCUUACCUUAUAAGCAACCCCAUUCAUUUUUCAACACCACAGUUCAUUUCUAACCAAACGUAGACUGAACUUGAUUUUAUAAUACCCUUCUGUUAGGAAAGGGGAGAUUGGACUGUACUUAAUAGUUACAGACUUUUUAAAUGAAUGCUAAAGCUGUUCCUAUUGAUGGACUCAUUCUGUGAGAUGUUAUGAAUAAGAUGUUAAUCUUUAUUCACUUCUGUUUUGGAAAUCUCUUUUGUCUGGAUUUCUUUAAUCCAGUUAUCUCCUUCAGCAAUGCCUCAUGCCCCUAUUUGUAUCUAGUGCAACUACCCCCCCCCAAAAAAAAUGAUGUCCAGAUUUAGGAGUUUUUUCUUUGAUGUCCCAGUCUAUUUUGCAGCAUUAGUGUUUUGAAGCCUGGAAGAUCACAUAGUAGACUUAAGUGCGCAAGUAGGUAUACAGUCCUUGUGCAGACCAAAUCAUAAAGACUUGUAGAUAGUUUUGUACAAUUCAUUCUUCCUAUUUUAGGUGUAUUCUAAAGUGUUUAUCCGUGCUAAGUUUUCAAACCUCCUGAAAAAUUACGAUAACUGGCAGGUUAGAACAAUUAGAUUUUCUUAAUUGCAGUCUGUAAAUACCAGACCAGAUAGUAAGGUCUUGCAUAACUUCCGUAAGAUGCCCAGGCUUGGGCUUUGGCAGCUCUUUAGGUGAAGGGAAGUAUAGGAGAAUCACCAGAGAUGCCUCUCUGUGUGCCUUUGUCUCAUCAACUUGACACGCUUCCCCCUUUGCUUAUUUGAAGUUCUGCUAUGUGAGAGUCUGGCUAAUUUUUGUACAAAGUAUGCGCAAAUGAAACAAUGAAAAAGAAAGGGUAAUGAAAACUGAGAGCAUGGAGACUGAGUUAAAGGGUUUGAGGUUUGCCUAAGCACGAAGCCAUACGUAAGUGACUGUGAACUGCUCUUCUUAUUUCAGCACAAUGAACUAUUUCUACUGUGUGUGUGAUUCCUGGUGAAGUUAUAUCUGUUACUGUAUUAGAAGAUAAAGACAAAAUGUAAACAACCCCCCUCACCCCUUUUGACCAGGUGAAAAUAUAGGAGAUGGGAGGGAGCAAUCUCUUCUUUGUGCAUGAGAUAUUGGUCUUCACAAACUGAGCUGGGAGCAACCAGUACAGUGUCCUUCAGAUGUUGCCAGAGCAGCCAGACUACAGAUCCCAUCAUUCCUAACUACUGACCUGAGGCUGAUGAGAGUUGGGAGUCCAGUAUCUGAAGUGCACUGUGUUGGCUACCUCUGAGCAGGAGCACUUCAAACUGUUUCUAGGAGGCUGAGAGUGAAUGUGAGAGCAGCAGUGUGUGUUACUGUUUGAACCUCUGAUUGUAAAAAAGAAAAAGGGGGGUGGUAAUUAGAAAUCUUGCAGUGGCCUCUGAGACUCAGGCUGAACUAGCACCGCUCAGAAAAUCUGUAAGUCUCCUUAGCCCUAGCACAUGAAAGUUGGCAAAUCUGCUCUUAUCUGAGGUAUUGCCUGUGUGCGUGUGUCUCUCUGACACCGUAUCUUUUUCAUUUGCAGCCUCAGCUGCUGUAUUGCCAACCAUGGGUGCUUGAAUGGCAUGAUUCAGCCCUGUCCAGAAUCAUAAGACUGGUUGACUCAUGCUAUUUUACUGUAAUCUGUUUGGGGUACUAAUUGUUCACAAGUAUUGGCGGGAGGGGGAGCAGUCACGGUGCUAACCUUUCCUUUGAAAGAAACUAGCCACAGAGGGUUGUUUUCCCACCAAUUGCAAACUGUAGUCCAUACAGUUAUUUGCCUCCAGAAAUUCAGCUGAUGGUGCUGAUGCUAUAUCUGGUUUCACCAUACUUGGUUCAUUUCAGAUUCCAGUGUGGAUCAUUCAUUCAGCUGUGGUGACUGUCGUGGGGAGUUUUCCAAAGCACUCUGUUUCCCAUACAGCUCUGGCCAGCAACUAGUCUUACUCAGGAUGGAUCUGAAAGGGAGACAUUGCCCCUGCCCAAUCAAAUUGAAAAUAGCCCCCCCCCCUGGCCAUUCCAUUGUGAUUGCAUCAAAAUGGGGUGAUAAAGUUUGCCUGCUCCGAGUGAGAGCUAUGGUUCCUGAAUUGCCUUUGUUUGCCUACAUACUGCUGUGAUGUCACCCCACUCACUAUAGAAUUAUUCAUUGGCUGCAAGAAAGAUUGCCCCCUCCCUUCAAUAGGCUUUAUUUGCCCUUAAUGAUAUCACAUAACCAAAUAUAAUGGGCUAUAUCAGUGGCUUUCAACCAGUGUGCCAUGGCACCCUGGGGUACCUGAAUGAUGAUCAGGGGUGCUGUGGAUAACACUUGCCUCUGUCCCUUUUUCCUUCCCUCCCUCCUCUGAUUCCCACUCAUGCCUCCCAAGGGCUUGCACAGCUGUUUGUUGCAGCAGCCCUAGCUACAAGCUUCCCAGGCGAAUGGUGCCUCUGGGGUUGGCCAGGGAGUGGUUUCCAGGCCUCUGUGGGGCGGUGUGAGGAGGCACCUCUCUUUGGAACAGGGUGGGGUAGCUCAGAGAUCAAGGGUGGCAGCAGCGGCUGCCCGGAGGACUCCCAAGGAGAAGGGACAGGAGAGGAGGCUGAGGGACCCCUCCACAGGGGAGGGUGUUCAAAACAGGGUGAGAGGCCGCUGGCUCUGCAGGCAAGGGGUGACAUAACUGGGCUCCUGAGCCCCACAGGGGUGCCACAGAAAGAACGUAGUUGUUCAAGGGAGCCAUGGACCCAGAAAAGUUGAAAACCUUGGCUGCAUAAUAUAAUUACUUUCACUAAGUGGUUCCCUAUUGACCAGAUUGCCCAUGUGACUAAUUAAGAGAGACAAGUUGGUAAUGAGAAUGGAUAAAACAGCACUGGAGAAGCAGAUAGGUGAGCAGCAAACAGAGUUGAGAAAAUGGAUAAUUUUCUCACAAUUCAGUUUUCGGGUUUAUGUUUUCCAAAAGCUCUACUUUUGACCUAAAACUUGAGAUGGGUGAGCAUUCAAUGCAUCCCUAGUUUUAUUUAGUUAAUUUUUUUGACCGUUCUUCAUUCCAAAAGGAUCUACCAACAACCAGUCUUACUCACAACAUCCUUCCCCAUAUAUAUCAAGGGCCCUGCAGGCAGAUAUGGCCACUGUAUUUGAGGAGGAAGGAAAGCAUGAAAGCCAGCUAUAGCAGGCAGCAGUGCACAUGAAGAAAGGAAUGAUAUUUCCCCCAUGCUCUGCUGGGUUCCUGUUGCAAAGCUGGCAAAGACCUCUCCCUGAGACCUUGUGAGCUGCUGACAAUGACGGAGGAGCAAUGACCUGCGUCGGUAUAGGACAGGUUUAUGUAGGAUCACAUGAGCUGAAACACAGCUCAGAAAGGCCAUUGGGAGUGGCCAAAGAGCUCACUAUUUGUGAACCCCUCUUUGUGCCUGGAGAGCAAGAGAGUUUUAAGAGAAUUGAUGGGGGAGCCAGGCAGACCCAUGUAUGCAUGGUAUGUGCUUUCCUCUUUCCUUUUGUUCCGCUGUUGUAUCUGGUCAAACUAGUUUUGCAGGCUGCUUGAAGACAAGCUGCAAGAUCUUUGAACAAGAGAUGGUAGCGGGACAGAGAAAAAUGAGCAUCCCACUCCAAAUCAUGGUGACUAUAUCAUACUUUCCCCUGCUCUUUGAGAAAACUCAUCUGUCUCCCCCUCUCUGAUAACAAAUGUGAGGGGAACAGCUGGAUGGGGACAGGUGGCACCCCUUAGGUAGUUUAGGGUGGAGAUGGUUGAUUACUCGCCUCCUUGCAUUGCAUCCACAAGUGCACACAUAUAGCUGUGACAAAAGUGAUGGAAGAAAGCAGUUGCUGUUUUCCAGCAUUUCCCAAACUUGGAUCGCCAGUUGUUUUUGGACUUCACUUCCCAUCAACCCUGACCACUGGUGCUGCUAGCUAGGGAUGGUGGGAGAUGUAGUCCAGAAACAGCUGGAGACCCAAGUUUGGGAAACCCUGAGCUAAUCCAAAGAGGAUGAGCUAUGUAGUCUCUUUGCUGCUUCCUACUUGGCAGGCAAUGGCUUCUUGACAUUUCCUUGGAGCAGUCUUCCUGAUUCAGUACUGUGCUUCAAUCUGCAAGAGAGCUGUGCUUCACCUAGUAGUUCCCCACCCUAGUUAUUGCUCCAUUGGCUACAACUGAUCCAGACACACAGGUCAAGCUUGCUUUACUCCAGCUCCCAUCAGCUGCAGCCAGCACAGCCAAAAGUCAGGAAUGAUGGGAGUGUUAGUUAAGCAGCAUUUAGAAAGUCACAGGGUCCCCAUCACUGCUUUAGUAGGUGAAAUGGAAAGCCUUUAUAUUCACCUUUAAUUGGUGGAAAUUGUGAAUGGUACUUGCUGUUUUAGACAAAUGUUAAAGGAUGCUUUCAGUUAUGGAACUUUUGAAAUUCCCAGCAGUUUGCAAUCUUAUGAAUGAGAUCUGCUGCCACCAGGCACUUUGUGAAUGAAACCAGUGCCACAAGAUCAUUGAUGUUGUAAAUUACUGAAUGAGAAUAAAUUAAGGAGGGGAUAGGGGAGAGCAAGGACUUACUCAUGUUUUGAGCUUUAAAACCCUGCCUAUCUUUCUGCUGAUGUUGUUCAGUCCAUGAAAUGACUUCCAACAGUUAAAACGAUACAAAGAGUCAUAUUGUGAUGUGCAUACAGUUGAAAAAAUAGAUAAUUUAUACUCUCCACUUUUCCUCCCUCAAAAAGAUCAUCAUAUAAAAACUGAAAAUGUGCUCUUGAGUACUAAGUAUGGCAAUAAUUUCAGUGCCAGUUCAAAGCUAUUCUUCAAUGAAUUACUUGAUGUAGAAUUUUGGCAGAAAUCUAGAGUGAGCAUAGAAUGUUGAGUUCUGAACACUACCAGAAGAUCCUUCUCUAGCAUUCCAACUGAAAUGAAUAAGGAAGGAAUUAGCUAUUUGCAAACAUUUCUGUGAAUGGACAAGCAGAGUUUUAAUGAAUGAAACUUUCUUCUGCCUUUUGAUUCUUUCGCACAAUGAGAACCUAAAGCAGUACUGAUGUAGGAAGAAAGGUCAGACUUUUGUUUUCUGUUGGUACUGCAGGCUGCUUUCUAGAAGAAAAAAAAACUGUGCCAAAAUGAAGACAAAAUUAGUGGAGUGUAUGGAUUAUUUCUAUGGACAAGAAGGAUAAUGUCAGCAUUCUUCCUGGUAGGACAUGGAGCUGAUCCAAAAAUAAGAGGUAAAGUGUAGUAUAGCAUAGGAACAUCCUUGGAUCAUACUAGGCUAUAGCUCUCUAGACUACAACUCCCAUCGUUCUUUAUAAUUCGCCAUGCUGUACUGGGCUGAUGGACGUUGGACUCUACUACAUUUGGAGGGCCGUGGUUCCCCAUUCCAUGCCUCCUGCAUGGUGCAAGAGUCAUGAUGUUUGUCAGUGCUGUACUAGAUGCUGUCGAUCAUAUAAACCAUGGCUGUGCAUGCUUUAGAGCAUGGGUAGGCAAAUUAAGGCCCAGGGGCCGGAUCCGGCCCAAUCGCCUUCUCAGUCCGGCCCAUGGGCGGUCCAAGAAUCAGCAUGUUUUUACAUGAGUAGAAUGUGUGCUUUUAUUAAAAAUGCAUCUCUGGGUUAUUUGUGGGGCAUAGGAACUCGUUCAUUUUCUCUCUCCAAAAUAUAGUCCGGCCCCCAACAAGGUCUGAGGGACAGUGGACCGGCCCCCAGCUGAAAAAGUUUGCUGACCCCUGCUCUAGAGCAGAGAUAGCCAACAUGAUGACCUCUAGAUGUUGUUAAGACUACAACUCCCAUCAGCCCCAACCAGCAUAGCCCAUGAUCUAAUAAUGCUACAACAUCACGAGAGCAGUAAGCAGGGUGUUGUACAAUGGCACAUGGCAGAUGCAGAAGAAAUUGAUCAGUUUAGCUGAUCAUAUCUGAACUUGCAGUAUUUAGCUGUGAAUCAUUUAGAAUUCCAGAGUUAUUACAUUAUUGUUGGUUCAGUACUUUCUAAGAGCAUGUGAAAAGGGCCAGUUAAAUCCCUUUGUGCUAGGGCAUAAGAUUCCUCCUUUCCUCCCUCCCAUCCUUCCUUUUUAAAAUUAGUUUUUAUUAAAGAUUGUCUUGUGCUACAAAGCAAACAAAUAAACAGGGGAAAGUACACCCUCCCAUCCUUCCUUAAGGCUCGACCAAGUUUAUGACCUCCCUGUGAAAGAGCACAACUAUGGAAGUAGCCUAAAUAGGAGUGAGCAACACAAGUCAUGUCCUGUGCAUCUUAGAACUCCUGUUCAAGAAUACAGACUGUCCAAGGUCAGCAAUUCUCAGGGUGGCUGCAGUGUACUUUGAGACUUUUCCAGGGAAAUCCUUGAUCUUGAGCAAUGCAGCUGCUGAUGUUCAGGACACUGUGAGAUAAUACUGGGUUGUGAACCAAAUGCCUUAUUUCCUUUCUAUUUAUAGACCUGGCAGCCAGCUAGAAACUGAAUUUCGAGGCAUGUUUUUUCAUGAGUACUUCUGACAGUGUGUAGCACGAGGCUGUUUUCGAGGUUUUCUGUGUGUUGAAUAAACUGCAUUUGAUUAUGUGAGCGGUCCAGAGAUAACUCAGCGGGCAGCUCUGGGAGACUGACUGGAACAUUGUUUCGGCAUUUGAUCGAGAGAAGCACAGCAAGUUAUACGAUACUGCGUGCUGGCCAACUUCCUCUGGCAAGCUUCACGGCUUCGUGAAGUUCUUUGUGCAGGAACGGGUGAGGAAUUUCUGAGUUCAUUUUUUUGGGAGGCCUGAAUUGUUGGUGUGUGGCAUGAGCUGUGGAAGAGGCUCCAGAGUGAGAAGAUGGAGCGCAAGGGCAUGUGACCAGAGGGUGCCGAUGUGAGCCUGUAGGGUAAAAUGGCAGAAAGGAACAUGGGGAGCUGCCUUAUUCUGAGUCAGGCUACUGGUUGGUUCAUCUAGCUCAGCAUUGUCUGAACUGACAGGCAGCAGCUUCCAAAGGUUUCAGAUUGGGGUUUCUCCAAGCCCAUCCUGGUGAUACCCAGGGAUUGAACCCAGAGCUUUUUGUAUGCAAAGCAAGGUAAAGGUAAAGGGACCCCUGGCCAUUAGGUCCAGUCGUGACCGACUCUGGGGUUGCGGGGCUCAUCUCGCUUUAUUGGCCGAGAGAGCCGGCAUUUGUCCGCAGACAGCUUCCAGGUCAUGUGGCCAGCAUGACUAAGCCGCUUCUGGCAAACCAGAGCAGCGCAUGGAAACGCCGUUUACCUUCCCGCCGGAGCAGUACCUAUUUAUCUACUUGCACUUGAAUGUGCUUUCGAACUGCUAGGUGGGCAGGAGCAGGGACCGAGCAACGGGAGCUCACCCCGUUGUGGGGAUUCGAACCGCCAACCUUCUGAUCGACAAGUCCUAGGCUCUGUGGUUUAACCCACAGUGCCACCCGUGUCCCUGUAUGCAAAGCAACUCCUCUGCUAUUGAGCUACAGCACUUCCAUGUGCCCAGAUGGCAGCAAUCUGACUCCUGACAUCUAGUCCCUCCUGUUUCUUCCAGCACCUCCACCAUUUCUUAGAAAGAACAGCAAAAGUAGAUUGUGCUCUGUUGGUUUAGAAGUCUUGAGACUAUAGGAACCAACUCCUAGGGGCUGAGGUCCCUUCAGUCUCUCCCCUCCCCCCCAAAAAAAUACUUGGGGGGGGGGUUGGGCCCACCAGCAUUGAUGGGCAUUGCCAUUCAAAUGGCAUGCAUGCACCGUGUCUUGUGACUGGUUAUGCAGGGUGGGAUUUACCUGCCCCCCAAUAUUUUAUUCAAGUUGGCAUCCCUGUUUGAGAUGUAUGAGUGAUACAGAAAAUUGCGGCAAGUGAACCCCCAUAGUCCAAGUGUCACCUUGAGCAAUCCAAAAUCAGGUCCCCCACAACAUAAAUUCAGAACCAAAGAAAUUAAUGUCUGCUGUUAUAGAAUGUAUAACAUUAUAGAAUGUAAGGUAGAUUCUGAUGUUCCAAAGCUUUUGCAGUGCUUCAGAUCAGGCAAGAGAUGUUUUACCACUGGUAAAAUAUAAUAAUAUCCAGAACAGCUUGGAUAUCAAAGUUGAAAUGAAUUAAGUGCAGGGCACUAUAUUUUAGAUGACUCUGUGAUUGUGCUGAUGUUUUGCUUGUGAUUUUCACUGAGCAUCUUCAUACUUGGUGGUAUUGCGGGAUGCGGCAUGUAUUAGGAUAUGUUAUAUGGUAUCAUCUGUCAAGUAAUAAAUAGGUUUGCAUGUUGUCUAUUAUAUGUUAUGUUAUGUUAUGUUAUGUUAUGUUAUAUGUUGAAAAUACACCGCUGUCCAAAAUGAUCAGAAAUCAUCUGCCCUAGCUGCAACAAAACAUGUCUGUCUCUACCACCACAGCAGGAGCUGUAACACUCCAAAGGUUGGACGUCACCCUUGAAGGCAUACUCCGCCAUUGUCUCCCAAGACAGACUGAUGUCAACAAAUAUGUUGAAAAUACACUACUGUCCCAAAGGAUCAGAAAUCAAAUAGGGGUCAUAUACAGUGGUGCCUCGCAAGACGAAAAGAAUCCGUUCUGUGAGUCUCUUCGUCUAGUGGUUUUUUCGUCUUGCGAAGCAAGCCCAUUGACGGAUUAGCGGAUUAGCGCUAUUAGCGCUUUUAGCGGCUUUUAGCGGCUUUUAGCGGCUUAUCAGCUUAUCGGAUAAGCAGAUAAGCGGCUUAGCGGCUUAGAAAAAGGGGGGGAAAGGAAAAAAAAACCGCAGGAACUCGCAAGACAUUUUCGUCUUGCGAAGCAAGCCCAUAGGAGCUUCGUUUUGCGAAGCACCUCCAAAACGGAAAACUCUUUCGUCUAGCGAGUUUUCCGUCUUGCGAGGCAUUCGUCUUGCGGGGCACCACUGUAUUCACUGAAUAUUUGGUAAAUAUGCCACCACAAGCAAAAUGAUCUUGUGGAAUAAUGCUUGCCCAGUCUUGCAGCGCUUUAUACGGCCGGAAAGGGGCAUUGCCCAGAGCUAAGCAACCUUUAAUGCUUUUUACAAGUGAUAAAUUGACUAGUCCCUAGGUAGUGUUGCUUUUUUUUUUUUUAAAUUAGGAGCAUACAGAUAAAAUCAAAAAUUUAAACUGUAAAUUAAUUUGUGGAUUUUCUUCAUUUUAUUCACUUCCAUCUUCAUAUAAGACUGCCUUUUUGCCAAUUUUUAAAUAACAUAUAUUGGACAAGGUUGUAUAAAUACAGGCCCCUAUCAGCUGCAUUCCCCAUAAAGCACUGGAUUUGGUGAUUAACACCUGAGGUGCUGAAGAGGAAAAGUUGCCAAGUCCUUCUUUUAUGCAUGCUACUGCUGCUUGCAGAACCUCACUGUUCCAUCUUUUUAGUCCAUCCUUUUAUUCGUUUCCCAGCUGAUACAGGUACCUCAUUUCCAUUGCACUUUCCAUGCAUUUUGAUUUAUAAUACUCACUGUUCAGUGCCUUUAAUGCAGAGAUAUGCUUUAGGAGAGAGGUUUGCUUUUCUCUACCACUCCCACCCUGUGGGGGCAGGAACACUCACCUGUCAAUCUCUGAUGUUAUCAGAAGACUGAUAAAUGGGCAAUCCUGCCCACUGCAGGUAAGAGGGAGGGUUCUACUUCACCAGUGCAUUCCCUACAGAGAACAGACUGGUGAAACCACGCCCAACAAUAUUGAACCCUGCCCAUAAAGCGUAUGUCACCCAGUGACAUCAAUUGAUGGACAAGUGGGCAUAGUUCGGAGAAAAUGGCCUUGUGGGCCAAAUUGACAUACCAAGAUUGGCCCAUGGCCUGGAUGGUCCCCAUACACUUCCUUUAGAAGGUAGCCCACUUCAGAUGUUAACGGGUCUUCUGCAUUCAUAUAGUGAAUAUGCAGGAGCAAGCUUUACCUCUAUCCAUACAUUGAAUGUGUCUGUUUGCGUGAAUUCAUGUGCACAUAUUGGCAGGCCUCCACAUCAUAAGGGGCCUUGUUUAUUUAAGGUUUCUGACUGUGUGUCCUGCCACUCGGUAUACCCUUACAUACAAAGAGACAAAUGUGCAUUUCCUCAUGGGGGGAGGGGAUGGCACCUGCCCCCGCCGCCACCCCACAUUCAUAGUACAUGUGGAGGGGAGUCCUGGUGUCCUAAGAGGGCUAGUGAGCGCAUGUUGCACUUUCAGAGAUGGGCAUGAGUACUGGAAGGGAAAGGAAUGGGAAGCUACAAGCCAGGAGGGAUCAUAGUUCAGCUUUGUUCAGCGGCUAUGUUUCAAGCCACUAAAAGUGCCUGAGCAAGUUCUUCUCAAACGAUAAUAUGCCUGACAAUGUGGUGUAAAGAAACAAAAAUCCAAGACUGGAAGAGGAAGCUGGUGAAGACAGACUGCCUUGCUUUGUGCACCAGGCGUGAGGAGUGAAACAUGUGAGUUCUCCUGUUCUGAAAUGGCUGCUUUUGCAUUAUGGAGAGGUUUUAUAAUGCAUAUGACAAAUGUUCACAUACAGGGGCUGGAGAUGGCUUCUAAAUAUUGCAAAUACAAUUCUUCAUAGACUAAUUUAACCCUAAAGUAAAAAUGACUUGAAGCAAGCAACACAGCAAGGUGUGGGGAUAAGCCAGGCUAAGCUAAUUGUCUCUGAAUUGUGUUUUUGGAAAUACUGGGAGAUUAUCACAAAUCAUAACUGUACAAAUUGAUGGAGAAAAAAAGGAUGGCCGUAUUUGUGCAGCUAAGAGCAUAAGAAUAGCCUUCUGGAUCAGGCAAUGUCCUUCUGGAUUUGUCUGAUGUUGCACGGGCAGAAGGAGCCCCCAGCCCCCCCCCCCCGAUGCUUCCCUCCUCAUUUCCCACCUGGCACGCGAGUGGCAUCACCGUGGCGGGGGGGGGGGCGGGAUGUUUGUGCAUCCCAGCGUAGCGCAUGAGUGCUUUCGCACUAGGCAGGGGCUGGACGUGUCACGUGGUGCACCCCCCCCCCAUGUGAAGAGCAAGUCAGCACCCAUGACAAGCAUAGCUCUCAACUUUUCCCUUUUCUUGCGAGGAAUCCUAUUUGGAAUAAGGGAAUUUCCCUUUAUAAAAGGAAAACGUUGACAGCUAUGAUGGCAAGAUGUGGGGAGAUGAAUCUUUUUCAUGCAGAAUAAAUGAAAGGGAGGCAAACAAGCCCAAAGUCUAGGUAUGCUAACUAAGCCAAGAACUGAGCUGUGAGGAGGAUUACGCUUUUGGAAUAAGUAGAGAAACUGAAACAUACUUAAAAAUGGUGUAAACAACAGCCUUAAAACAACUAUCUACAUGAGAAGUAGGCAUCUAUAAUUGCUUGUAGAUGCAGGAGCAGCUGGCAACAUUAUAGAACAGGUGAAGCAACAUUUACAGGCCUGCAGGAGUGUUUAGCACCUGAACACAUCACCACUGCAGUAUUUUCCAUAUGAAUCCAAAGAGAAGCCAUGAAUCGAAAGGCAAACUGACUGCAGUGGUAAAAUCAGCAAUGAAUGAAUACCCUUGCAACAAAUAGCAUCUCCACCUCACCCAGAGAAUCUGUUCUUCUCUCCCUAUUCUCCUGGGGCUAAUGAUAGUGAGGAACAACUCUUGGGUGCCUCUGAGGUGUAGCGUAAUAGGGAUAAACCCCUGCCCUCUUUCUGAGCUGGGAAGUCCCUAUAUCCCCCUUUGUCUGGAUCAGGCAUAGGCAAACUCGGCUCCCUCCAGAUGUUUUGAGACUACAAUUCCCAUCAUCCCUCACCACUGGUCCUGUUAGCUAGGGAUGAUGGGAGUUGUAGUCCCAAAACAUCUGGCGGGCCGAGUUUGCCUAUGCCUGGUCUGGAUCCUGAACAGAGAUAGUUUGGCAGCAACACUGAUGCCAUUUAUUUGUCAGGUGAGGACGCCUCUCUUUGCCUGGACUUUUGGGCGGGGGAGAGGCAUAUUGAACACUUGAACUUCUAACACUGCUGGUUUUAUCUGUUCACCAAAUUGUCUUUCAUCACUAGUUUUAAUUCAUUAUUUAAUUUCUGGUUUGGAACACCUCGAUUUCUGCCCUGGGACCAGGCCUAGAUUUGGGCAAAUUGCAGUUGCCUCUGUGCAAGCAGCCAGAUGGCCGAUUAAGCUGAAAUCUAGAAGCUGCACUCGGUACGUUUUGAGCCAAGCACUACUUACUGCUGGCUGCACGUGGAGCAAGAGAGAGGAAGCCAGAACUGGCUGCAGCCAUAUCAGGCCGUCCAGUUGGCUCAUUUUGUCUCUUAUUUUGGGCACCAAAGCAGUGUGUGUAAUCACUCCUUUAGGAACAUGGCUGUCCUAUGCUCUGUCCCCCAUUCCUUUCUUUUAUACCUGCAUCUGAUUCUAAAACGGGUUUAAGGUGAUUUGAAUGUGAAGCAGUCAGAGCUGAAACCAGGAAAGGCAGACUCUCCAGUGGACCAAAGGGACAGUUUAUACAUGGUCCAGGUCAGAUUUUUGUCCUGCAAGCAUUGCAAUAAUAUAAAUAUUUAAUAACUGUGUUCUCAUCUUUCUGUCACUGCUCUUUUAGAUCACGGCAUUUUCUGUGUCAUGCAUCAUGCUGAGCUGCUCUUAACAAACCAUGUAUUAGGUCUAACACUUGAACCUUUUACUCUGCUCUCUAAAAAAAUAACAAUGGUAUUCACAAUAAGCUGAGAGCGCAGGCUUGGGAGAAACCAAAGAGUCGACCCUACAUUCAGCGAGACGGCUGCUUGUCACCUUACCCUGUACAUUUACAUUGGGUGCUAUGGAUACCUGGGCGCAAAGCACUUUAACCUCUUAUCCAUUGAGAAUGGAACAAGCAAGAUUAAAUUGCCACCUUUCUCGGAAAAUAGACAGAAGCAUGGGGAAAGGCCUGCUCAUUUUCAGAGUUCCUACUACUGUGGAUUCCCCCUGCCCAAGGAGAGCGAUCAUUUAAUUGAAUGCAUUCCCAGCCAAUGUGAGGCACAUCUGUCCUGAAGGGCAGAAAGAGAGCGAGAGAGAGAGAAGUGUUCUUCCAUAGGAUUUAUUCUAGCAUCCCAACCAGUGAAUACAUGCUAGAACAGUUGUAACCAGAAUAGCAUUAAUAAUAAUAAUAAAUCCUUGAAACUAAAGGCAUUUCCAGACUCCUGCUCUUAUCAGGUGCAAUUCAGUCUGGCACAUUCAGGCUGAUUUUGAUUUGGAUCUCUUGCACAGCAAACCCACUUCUCCACAGAACCAGACUUUCUAUUCUUACUCUAGUCAUGCACUAGUACAAUGCCCAGGAUUGGCCUAAGUGUUGUUGAGUAAGGCCUGCUGGGUUUAUCUUUCCAAGCCAAGAUAUGAUGUAUCCUUGCUGCUUACCAGAGGCCUUUCUGUUCAGCUUGUCACAGGGAGCAUUAGAUGAAUAGCUGGAAUACUUUCAGGAAAUAAUUCUGAAGAAGCAUGAAUUAUGCUGAUGCAUCAGAAACCAUCAUGCUUAGUCGCACCCUGCAGCUUGACAAACCCUUUGACAUCAACUGCAGCAAACUUGCAAUUGCACACCUUGGCACUGAUUCAUACAUUGGUGAUGAUCAAACAGUGUUUAUAUGGUUAUCACUGCACUGUUGAAUUCCUUUCUGCACAAGCAUCUCCCCAGAAGCGCUUGCCUCCCACAGUCUGUGAUCAUUCUGGCCUUUAUCCGUGCCUAUGUGGGUGUGUACUUUAGAAUUCUAGUUUCAUUUAGACCAUUUAGGAUGUCCUGCGUCUUAUGUGAUGAUUUGAAGCUAGGUCUUUAAGGAGCAAGGCAUGAAGUAUUUUCCUGCUGCCAUUUAUUCAGCAUUUAGUACUGAAAUGCAGCCCAUUUGAAAAGCGGUGGAAGAUGUGUAUGAUUUCAGUGGGUGAGACAAAAGGAAGAGAGGGGAGAAGACCUAUAUAUGUUACAGGUAAGAAGAGACUGGACGAGUAGUCAGCAAGCAUGGAAGCACAGUGCUGGUAUUAUCAUUCCUCUGAAGGUAAUAUCUGGUCUAGAGGUUCGUUACCUUUUUUUAGCUUAUUUGUGAUGACAAAAAAUGGUUUCCGCAUUAGAGGAACAGGUGUUUUUUUUAAUGUCGUUCCAGUGCAGGUGAAUACUUGAAGCUAUAUCAAGCUGCAGUUGGACAACGUUUCUCCCUAUUGGUCAACAUGCAGUGGUUCUGCCAUGCUGGCUGAGGUUGAUGGAAGUUGUAGCCCAUCUGGAGGGCAUCGGUUUGGGGAAAUCUGCCCAAAGGAGUCAGUGCCUAAGUAUUUGUUCUGAUGGAGUGGAGAGAUUAUCUUCUUUCAGUUGCCAGCCUGAUGCCCUCUAGAUGUUUUGGACUCCAACUCUGAACGGCAAACUGCCGUUCUAGCUGGAGAACCAGGGGGGCACCGGGUUCACUAAUCUAGUCAGUAUGCUCUGGUAGAGCAAAUGUUGAGUUUCAAGGUCCAGGCUUAAAUCCUUGUUCGGCUGUGGAGCUUUAGAUGAGUUUCUCUUUCAUAUUCCACUGGGAAAGUGUUAUAGACUAACUUCAAUCUUGAGUGUCUCUGUUUCACAACUUUGAUCUUAAAUACCCAUUUGCAAACCUAGUCUAGGAGGAGCCUGGAGUGGUUAGUGUGUGAAUGCAUCUGAUUAUGCAUUUUCUUUUAUAUAAUCAUUUUCUUUCUUUCUCUCUCUCUCUCUCUCUCUCUCUCUCUGCCAAAGCAAUCUUUGCUGUCCAAGAAAAAAAACGUGUCUCUGAGGAUAAACGGAGAAAUUUUGUAAAAUCAUUUUAUACAGUGAAACGUGCUACCAAAAUAGUAGAAAAGCUCAAAUGUCAUGCUGAUGUUUUAUCUAUGGAAUAUAACUUGGGAAGGCCAGGAGCUAGCAAAGGGAACCUCCUUCCAUCAAUACCCCCUUCCCCUGCACGCGCUUCUCAGAGAUAGCUUUAAAAAAAACAAAAACAAAAAACCUCCUGAUAGUAAAUCUAGAAGGAUUGAUUUGCAUAGUUUCCUCAUCCCCUUCCUCUUGCCCUUUGGACCUGUUUGUUUGUGGAUGCUUCCACUGUAGGACUGUCAGCCUCUGCAGAUGGCGUGGAGGUUGACUCAUUUCCUUAAGUGUCUUCAGUACUGCCAUGCAGCUGGCCAGCAUACCCUGUGAUGUCAGACUCCUCCUCCUCUCAUUCCUAGCAAGCUGUCUGGGCCUGGAUGGGAGCUAUGCAUUGUUCUGCAGAUGGGCACAUGCUGUUGUCUGAAAAAGGAUCUCUUCAUAGCUUUCCUCUUCUUUGCAGCUUCCCUUCAUAUUGGAAUAUCUCUGUCUUGAUGGUGAAUGGGUGCAUCAGCUGAAUGAAGGCUAUGUCAGUGCCUUUAGAGAAGUCAUGACAAGGAGUCAGGCCAUUGGUCCAUCUAGCUUAGAACAGUGCACAUCAAGUGGCAGCAGUUUUCCAGGAUUUCAGAAAGGAACUCUCUUUCCCAGACCUCCCUGGGGAGGGCCGCCUGCAUGCAGAAGUAUGUCCUCUGCCACUGAGCUCUUCCUCAAAAGGAUAGCAAAGGGAACUGGGAAGUAUGUAUGUAUCCGUUUUGUUAAGCUGAGACACUUUUCUCUGCAGACAUUAGUCCUUUCCAGGAGUGCUUUUCCAUGUGAUCAACAUUGUGGAAAGCUGGAAUGAGGGCCAAGUGUGCUCACCCCACUGUUGCCACCUGCCACGAGCUGAAUAGCGACUGUUUGCAGUGUGGAGCCUGCUUCAGUUGAGCAUUUUAGCUGAUUUCCCAGAGUACUUAAAUGUGUGAGGAGCCUAUACAAGUAGACCAGGUUUCUCACUGCAGAUGUGAGUGGGGAGGGAAAGCAUGCCCAUCUCCAUAUUCUCCUGCUCAAGAUGCUAUUUGUGUGGAGAAACAAACACCCAAAAGGUUCUAUGGUUAAAAUUAGAUCAUCAUCACUUAGAUUCGUAAGACCACCUCAUGUCUCCAUUCAGCCUCACAAAAAUGUUAGGUGAGAUAAUUGUUCCCAUUUUACAGAAGAGGAUCUGGAGCUAAGAGAUGAAAACUCCCAUUUUUUACCUGAAGUCUGACUCUCUGUAUCUACUGGUCCAUGUUAGCUCACUGAAAAUCAGAAGAUGGCAACUUUUGAGAAGUGUUAUGGUAUGCUGUUAGUUGCUGUGGGCUACCUGGUUCAAAGGCUCUGUCUCUCCCACCACACCUGUGAAUUCACACCUGUAACCCCAAUUCCUUUUUCUGCAAUAGGAGGAUAAUAUUGGGCUGUCUUGCAAUGUUGCAAGGGUUACUAAGGAAAUGUUUGGGAAGACGUAUUAAUAUUUCCUAUGAAUACUUGUGUUGUUGUUAGGACUAACAUCUUCUUAGAAAAGGCUUAACCAGCAGUGAGGGGCAAAGGCCUCAGUAAUGUUUGUUAUCUUUUUUAAAUAAAAAUCAUAGGGCCGAGAAUAAGAGUUGUUUGGCCCUUCUUUUGUUUAUUUUUCUCUGAGGAUUCCCUUCACUGGGGCAGAAACUGAAACCAAAAAAGGAUAUUUAUUCCUGUUUGUUAGUUUGAAAAGACAGGUGCAAAUGCACUACCAUAGUAUGUUAACCACAUUAGUUUCCGCAGGAAAGUGUUUGACUUGUGUACAGCUUGUAUGUUCACACCAGUGAGCAUUAUAGGGCUGUUGUUUCUUUCUGUCUUUCCUCUGAAUUUAAGAAGAAAAAUAGUGCCUAUCACUUUUUGCAAAGGAAUGCAGAGGGGUGGGGUGGGGGGAAAGAGAGCAGUCUACCCAACUAUUUAUUUUCAAGAAAAAGGUAAAUCAACCCCCAUCAUACUCGUGAGCCAUAUUUCAAAACAAGAUUAUACCCACAAGAGAAAUAUCAGUUCCAGCAGAAAAGCAAUGUGAAACUGCUAGUACUCUCGUAAGAAGCAUGGACUUUCACCAGCAGUUACUAGGGUUUACCUGUGAGUAAAGCGUGCUGGUGAACAAUGUAUGUAUCUGCGUAAGCAUACACUUUAAAUUUAAUUGCUCUGUGUGUUUUUUUUAAAAAAAGAGAAUGAGAUUUAUAAAUAGAAUAACAUUCACCGAGUCCUUCAGUUUGGAUACAUGCAAAGCCAGUUGUGCCAUAAAACUUGUCAUUUGAAGGACUAAGGCAAAACUCCAUCUAACAAUCACCUGCCAAAUUGGUGGGUUCAAUGCAAAUGCUGUUUGUGGUUUUUUAAAAAACCCUAUGGUCUAUUGUAUCUAGACUCCCCUGUGCUGAAAUAAUGGGCUGCGUGCCCUCUUGUGGCAGGAUAGAAAAUGACUUUGAAAUCAAACCACCUGAGGUUCACUGUUCUCUCCUUAAGAGAGAUGUUCUGUCUCUCUUGCAGGAGAGCAAACUUUUUUUUUAAGAGACUGGUGUGCAGUGGUCUGUUAGGGCAGACCUUGUUGGCAGUUGCUGCCUAGAUGCUCAUGCCCAGUUGCAAAAUGCAUGGUGCUUAUCUCCUUAAAUGGGGUGGGGAGGGGGAAGGGAUGAGCAUGCCUAGUCAGUUUGUAAGGAUGGGCUGUAGUUCAGUGGUCAGGUCCCAGGUUGACUCCCCAGUAUUUCUGUGUGUGGCUAGCAAGGAGAACCACUGUCAGUGCUGAGCUAGAUGAAGCACUGAUCUCCUAUGGUAGUCUCCUAUGUUCUUCUUUGGGGUCCCCUCCUCCAAGCAAAUGCUUUUAUAUUUUCUGACUUCUGGGGUAGGGAAAGGCACUGAAUUUGCAACUCUGUGGGGGGGAAAGGUGUGCUGUCAGGAUUUAUCAAUGGGUGUGCUUUGUGUGCAUUUGUAGAGUAAGGGGGAAGGGAUGCUUUGGAGUUGCAUUGUGAAGAGUUUGUUGUGAAGAGAGUUGUUUACUAAAAGGUGUGUCUUGAGCACACACUUGGAUCAUACAUUUCCAUUAGCCACAUUUUCGUCCUUCUUUCCUACUUGUAGAGGAAUUUGUGCUGAUGGCAUACAUAGUGUGCCUUUGCUACUUCUGCAUACCCUGUUUUAGUGCUGGGGCUCCCCCUGAAGCUGACUGUCCUUUUAAAAAAAAAAAAAGUACUUUUUUGUACUAGAAAGCCCAUUUGUUUGUCUUCUGUCACUCAGUCUCCUCCACUGCUUUGCUGCUGCUGCUGCUGCUGCUGCUGCCCUGCAUACAUCUAUUGAACAUUCCAGGGUUAUAUAAUUCUCUCUCAGUAAUCUUGAUCUCUUUCUUGAUCUCACGAUGCAAUCUUUAGUAAGUGAUUCACACAGCCCACUGCCCCCAAUUCACAAGUUUGUGCUAAAAGCUUUAAAUUGGUCACGUAUGGACUUGUGCUUCACUCUGAACACUAAUAAAAAACCUAUACGUAACAUUUUUGCCAGGUGUUCAGUAUGCUUCAAAUUGAUCAGUCAAGACUAUUCUCCUUAUGGGCAUUGUCAUCAAGCUGAAAACUAUUAAAUACCUCUCACUUGCCACAUGAAAGAAAACAGUACUGUCUAAAGUCUUUCAUCAUUCUUUUCGGCUCCACUUGCAAUGCGGUAAAACUCAAACCCAUAGUUGUUGUUUGGAUUUCCCGCCCAGUUUUCUGCAACAGUUCCAUCAAUUUCCAACUUUUCCAGGAGGCCUUAGCUGGAUUUAAAAUAAAAAUUAAAAAAUGGCCUUACUGGUUUAUUUUCGGAUUUUAUUUUCACACCAUGUAAUCUGUGCUGCUGCUGCAGACGUUGUAAAAGAAGCCUAGAGGGGGCUGAAGUGUGGAACAAAUAGACUUUAGCAGUGUGCAGCUCUCUGCUACAAAUUAUUUUAAAAUGGGUGCUGCCUUGUGUUUCUUUUCUCUGCUGGUGUUUUCGAGAAAUGCUUCCCUCCACUGGCAAGUUAGAAGGAUGGAUGUGUGGUCUUAUUCAAGAGGUGACUCAGAUCACAUGUUGAGUUCUUUAUAUCAAAGAUUUAUUACUGCCCAUUCCUCAUCAAGUAAUACCUGCCACUGGGUCAGUGAUACCUCUAGCUUUGCUUUCUCCAACUCUGAUAGGCAACUCUGUAUGUGCAGGAAAGCAAGUAGAGCAACAGUUUCCCUCUAGUACUUCAACAGCAGGGAUGGGAAACAUGUGGCCCUCCAGUCAUUAAUUGGACUACAAUUCCAACCAUUCCUGACCAUUGGCUAUACUAGCUUGGGCUGAUGGGAGUUGGAGUCAAACAACAUUUGGACUAACUCUGAUGGAGGGGAAGUGGUCCCAGGUUCUCUCAUGACACAUCUAUUACAGAGGAUGCAGAAUCCGGAGAAGCCUAGGCUGAACAUUGCUACCCGAUGUAUUCAUUUACAACUUGUAGGUUUGUUUAUUUUGGCAGACCUUCAGCAAGGAGUGAGUGAGGUAGCACUGGGGUGAUUUGGAGGAAGGGGUAGUUUGGGUGGUGUUCCAGUGUGGUGGGCUGUGCUUGUUUACUUUUCAUACUCUGCUUCUGGCUGCGUAAUGGGAAGUAUGCUUGAGCAGAGUUUAUUGAUUCAUUUGAUGCAACACUAAAACAGGUGCUUUCAUUGUUUUCCUGUCUUGCUUAGAAGCCUCCAUCUCACUGGUGAUGCAAAUGGACUCAUGCUUGCACCUUGACAUUGCCCUUGCGUUUCCACAGUGAUGGAGCUUUGAGUCAGGCUAAACUUAUGAGAGCUGGCAUUGAAUGUUAAAACCAUAGAAAACACACCCACUUGAAUGAGUGGUAAGAAAGCCCUAACAGCAUUUUGACUGUGUUUGCCUUUAGCUAAUCUCUCCCUCUCCCUCUAGUCUUCAUUUCUGCUCUCCUUUCAUGACCCUUCAUUUGCCACCUUAAAACCAAAUUAAGUUAUUUGGAGUGGUGGCUAGUGCCCAUUGCAACUGGUAGGGUGGAAGGCAGGGAGACCAGCAACAGGUGGACAACCAACUACUUCUAGUUUUGACCCCAUCCUCCUUCCUGCUGGGUUGUACAAGGACAAAAUUAAGACUGAAUGUGGCCUGGACUGCAUUAGGCUGGUCCUUUGCCAACAUAAUUUGAAACCAGUGCCAUUGCACUGAUAUGUAACUUAAAGUGUGAAGCUUUGCCUCUUGGCAGUUAGCAACACUUCGCAGAGUCAUCAAACCUAGAUAUACAGCUUUUGCUGAUAAUGAAAUGUUUCCACAGUACCUAUUUCAACAUGAUACAAUGUAGAGUAGGUUACUGAUGGGGCUUUUGAAACUGCUUCCUCUCAUGAAUCUAAGGUAAACUGAUGUCAAAAUCCUAGUUUAACCUCUGAAAUGUUGUCUGGUUUGGAACAAUGGGAUUCAGCAUAGGUUCCAGAUGAGUUUCUGUUGCUUCAGGAGUUGUGCUUGUGAUUCUCUUUGAGUCUUUAGUCUCUUCCAGAUGACCUCCUUAUUGAGCAUUCAUCCUAAUUAGUUUGCAGGGAGAUAAGAUGACAUUGGCCAUUUAAUGAGCAUUUGUUCUGAUUUGUUUGCAGAGAGGUUAAAUGAUAUUUCAAAGCAAGUGUUAUCCCACACUUUCCAGGGGGUCUGUUGCCCAAGACCUCCCAAUCAACUGUAAGUGCAUAACCUGAUUUUGCCUAGCAUCUGAUCUAACCUCUGAAAAGAGCUACAAUCUAGAAGCGUCCUUAAACGUUUCAAGGGCUGCUCACCUUCCUUGCAAGCAAGAAAAUAUAACGAAUGUAUUUCACAGGCAAUAAGCAUGGUGGCCAGCCAGAUGGGCGGGGUAUGAAUGAAUGAAUGAAUGAAUGAAUGAAUGGUGCAUGUGGUAUCAUUUGUUUUAUGUAUUGGAGAGUUGAGAAAUGAACUGAAAAUCUACCAGACAUUGAAACAACUUGCGGAAGCAAAAGUACUAAAGCAUAAAAAGUGUGCUAGCAUUUUAAAGGAUACAACUUCCCCCAAAGAUUCCUGGGAACUGUAGUUUAAGGGUACUGAGGAUUGUAGCUCUAGUGGGUAAUUUCAGGAUUCUUCGGAGGAAGUAAGGUGCUUUAAGUGUGGUUUAAAUGUAUGGUAUAUAUGCAGCUAGAAAACAAUGGCAGUUGUGUAACUGUGAGCAGAAGCUAAUAGACAUGGUACAAAAGGAGGAAAGGAGAUGAGGAGGGAAAAGGCAAAGAAGCAGAUGCAGGUCACAAAUUCUUCAUAGUUAUGUAAGUAUUUCACAGCCAGAUGGAUUGGCCACUGACAGAGUUGGCUAUCCUGUCUCACAUCACCCUGUACUUCAGACAUGUGGAAUAAGACUCUAAAGAUUUGGGCUUCUGAGUCACAUGAAUGGGAAUGUUGGCCAGUCUUCUCCAUUGUAGCAGAUGACUAAACAUUUACCCCACAUAGAAAUCCAUGAGAGGACUAAUGUUCAGUGAAUUAUUGGCAGGCAGAAAAUUGGAUUAGCCACUGGCUUCAUGUUUCACCAUUUGCACUAAUAUUUCUGUCACUGUAUAAAGACAUUUUCCAUUGUUUGGAUACAUUUGAUUUCUGAGAAAAUGAAAGUGGAACCUGAAUUUUCAGUUCAGACUGCGCUUGAGCUCUUACCUUACUGUUAUCUGCUGUUGGGGAAUUAUGUUUUAGUUUUCCCUGAAUGAGCACUGCUGCUGUCAGGAGAGAGAAUGCAAUUAUCACAAUUUGGGAUUGGCUGCAGAACUUGUGAGGAAGUUAACUCACCUUUUGUAAUCUGGUAGAAUGACAAGUCAGUGUUCAUAGAAGUUACCUGGAGUGUUAAAUAUUGCUGGUGUGUUAGCCAUAAAGGCGAAAGGGGUGGCUCACAUAACGAAAGUGCAUUUAUGGUACGGUGUGUGGGUAGAACAUUGACACAUGCAAGCACUCUGCCUAUGGCUACUGUUGUGUCUCUUUUGACCCACUGGCACAGGCAAAUGUUUCUAUGAUUUCCCCACUCCCCAGUGUGAGAAACAAGAACAGAUUCAGCAGAAUAUCCCCCCAGCCAAUUUCAGCUGCUCCCUCCUGUUUACUUGUCUUUUGGCUCAUGCAAGGUUGUUGGCAACUGUUCCGUUAUGCAUAGGGGGAAGAUCUCUGAUAGAGCUUCUCUGUUGCUGGAAGGGGGCAAGAGACGAAAGCUGAUAUAGGAGAAAGAACUGAAUGUAACAGGACCAGGGAGGAGGGAUGAAGAAGCUGGCAAGUGUCGUCGUUUCCUUUGGGGAGGAGGAUAUAAGGGAUUAUCUCAGUGUGGAAAGAGAAUGGGAGAGGAAAUUACACAAGAUGGGUAGCAAUACUUUGGGAUGCAUAUGGGGAUGGAAAGGUACAAGUAUAAAAGAAAAGCCUUUCCUGCUGGAUCCAAAAAGCCUUAAUACCAUCAGAGCAAAUGUCUGCACUUGGCUUGAAGAAAAAUGAACGAUGGAACUCAUUGCCACUGUGGCAAAGAAUAUAGCAAUUUGCAAAGAUGGAUUAGAAAUUAGUAGAAAGUUAUGUCAAUAAUUGUGCGCAGACUCUUCCUACAUCUACCACCAUUUUGAGACUAGAGGGCCUCAGCCAUUUUCAGCCAACUGGGCCUUGGGCUAGCAGGUUUGAAAGCCCCCGAUGUGGAAAACAUAGGAUUUCCUCGCUGAAAGUAAUAUUUGCAUUGCAAAUUUAUUGCAUGUGAACUGGGGAAUGCACAACAGCAUGUUGUAUCUCUUUAGUAGCAUUCAUGGCUUCUGCAUCCCACCUGUGACCUCGGACAGCUCCUCCAGCCCAAUGCCCUGCAUGUGUUUUAAUAAGAACAUACGAAGAGCCUGAUGGAUCAGGCCCAUGGCUCAUCUGUCCCAGCAUCCUGUUCUCACAGUGGCCACCCACAGGCCUGUAGGAAACCCACAAGCAGGCCCCAAGCACAAGAACACUCUCCCCUCCUGCCAUUUCCAGCAACUAGUGUUCAGAAGCCUGAUGAGCCUAAAGAGCCAUUGAUACCCUUAUCCUCCAUGAAUCUGUCUAAUCCCCUUUUAAAACCAUCCAAAUUGGUGGCCAUCACUGCCCCUCGUGGGAGCAAGCUCCCUAGUUUAAUUAUGUGCUACAGGAAAAAGUGAUUACUUUUAGAUGUCUUGAAUUGUCUGACAUUCAGCUUCACUGGAUUUCAACUGCAGACAUGCUGCCUGUGGCUGAUGGGAGUUGUAGGUCAAAACAUCUGGAGGGUGCCGGGUUGGGGAAGGCUGGCGCAGCAGUAAUAUCAGCACAUUUGCUUUUCCUGAAGGCAGCCCUGUUUAGGGAAGCUCUUAAUGUUUGAUGCAUUACUGUAUUUUAAUAUUUUGUUGGAAGCCGCCCAGAGUAGCUGGGGAAGCCCAGCCAGAUGAGUGGGGUAUAAAUAAUAUAUUAUUAUUAUUAUUAUUAUUAUUAUAAUACCUGUUAACACACAGGCAAUCACUGCUUCUCACCGAAGGAGAUGGAGCUGCAACACAUGGUCUUAAAAUAAAUUAGUUCUUUGUUUGUUUGUUUUGCAGUUUAAUCUUUGCUUUGUUGAGGCCUCCAGUCCAGGCUUGAUAUGAAUCUUCCCCCACUUUCCCCAAAACAACCCUAAACUGGCAGCCCAAAUUUUUCCUCAAUGAGUGUACAGGGUUACAAAGAAUAUCCAUUCAUUCUAUUGUAUAUAAACAUUGUGACAAGUUUGCUUCGAUGGGUGUGCAUGUUCUUGUGCAAAAUUCACACGUCUAUCUAUCUAUCAUCUACCAAAGUACUUCUAUACUGCAGUUUCAUUAAAAAACAACAACACUGGUUUACAAAUAAACACACAAAAAUCCAAAUAAGUUUAAAAAGCAACAGCAGAUGGUAUACGCAGCCAUAAAUGGUUUUCCCAAUACCCGUGUGUGAAACGGCUCAAGGAGUUAAUACUCCUGCACUUACCCAGUUUUACUUUUCUAUUAUGAGCUCAUAAUUUUUGUGGAGCCCUUUCCAUGCGUUAGAAGGUUUGAAGAUCAGUCACUACUUGUUAGCUUGUUUUAAUGCAGGGGCCAGUGCUAAACCCCCCAGCCUUCGGCUAGGCAGCGCUCCACAAAGACCCAGCGCAGGGGCAAACCAGAUGGGAACGGCCUGCCCAACCUGAACACUCAGGCCACUGUCUUUCCCUCUAGCCGCUCCACAUUCUUCCCCAAUAAAAAGGAAGUGACUCGCAUUUACGAAUGAGGAAUGCAGUGGCUCCCAUGCUUCACUUAAUUUCAGUCACUAAUUUCACAAUUAAUAGAGAAGGAAAAGAAUUCCAGCACUCUUUCUAAAAUCCCCUAAUAGUUCUGAGGAAUAGUCAUACGUUGUCUGAAACACAGGAGGGAGUGGACAGCCUCCUCUUGCCUUCCCUAAAUGAUGCCCUGGGGUUGGGGAUGUUUAUGAAGCAGCCCAGCGGUGAGCAUUUACUGGGUGCUGACUGUCACACCUUUUGUGUAAUUUGCCUUUAAGUCGGGUCUCACUUCAGCUUUACUGCCUGUUUACUGCGACAGUAGAGUUCAGUGCAUGCCAAAAUGUACUACUCAAACUUAGUUUCUCCCUAAUUUCAGAUUCCCAAUGCUUGAUAGAACUAUUUGGGUUCUGGAGCAUUUUCCAUAGUGCUGUGCAAUCCAUUUGUAAGUAAAGUAUUGUCCCAUACCCGGCUUCUCCCUUAAUGAACAUAGCACUCAGCUGUUAAUGAAGGAAAGUGAAGCUUAUAUUUUGAGUAUGCCACCCAGUUCAAGUUUGGGCCAGGAUCACUAAGUAUGUAAUCCUAUACACACUUAACUAGGAGUAAGUUUCAUGGAAAUUAAUGGGGCUUUCCUCUGAGUACAUAUGCAUAAGCUUGAACUGUAAUUUAUUCAUAUAUUGAUGUGAAAGCAGUUGAUGAAUACAAUAAAAGCACAUUUGAAAUUUGGAUAGUAUAGCUGGCAGGGGUUGAUGAAAUUCACAACAUCCAUUUUCUUAAAUAUCCAAAUGGAUUAAUUUUGGGUUUCACUCCUGAUGUUGACUUUCACUUACUUGUUGAAGCUGGGUUGCUGAGAAUCCCAAACAUUUAUUGUGCUUCAGGGUGUGGAAGACAAUAGAUGGAGAAGUUAUAGUUUGUACCAGCUCUUCAUAUGCCUGGCUACUGUUAAGGAACAAACCGGGGGGCGGGGGUUGUAAAAAGGGUUCACUGUGCUGUCCUAGUUAUCUCUCAACUAUGUGAGGUAUGGAUGUGAGGGCGAUCUGGCUGCGACAUCUGUCACCCCAUUGAUCGCCAGGGUUGAUUCGGCUGAUCUGGCUGGCUAGGCGGGUGUCCCCUUCCUCCCUCACCGCUCCAUGUGCAUCCCUCCCGAAGCUGCGUGCUCGGUGGAAGAGGACGACCAUCCCAGAUAGGAGGAGUGUACCAUUCUUCGGUCAAGGGUAUACGAUAGCUGCACUUCCCUGCUAGAACCUCCAAACAAGCUCCAGAAAGCAAUUUCUUGUCCCGUGACUCAUGUGAUCUCUACUUUUGGGGACUUUAUAUCUUUACAGGAGCAGGAAGAUUCAGAUCCGGAACAUUCCCCCUCAUUUACAGUGGGAGGUAAGUGUACAGAAGGUUUUAUUAUUUCCUGCUACCUCCUUUCCCAUAAGAAAAUAAGUCUAUUUUCUUACUUGUUUACGGCAUUUAACCAGGCCACCUAGUAACAUGGUUUUCUGGGCAGCUGACAACAUCUAAUAAAAAAAAUAAUACAAUAUUAAAACCACAAUAUCAUAAAAAAGAAAUUGCAGCAUAAACAUUUCCAGCAGAGAGACAGAGAGAAAUGUAGUUUUCCCACAAGUAUAAAAAUACACAGCAUAUAAUGCAGUGGUUCAAAAUGCUAAGAUCAUGGGUUUUUAAAGGCUCACGAUGUAUUUGUGCUAAAGUUAUCCAGGGUGUUGCAGCAAGUGUCCUCCAGAUAAUGAAAUCGUCAUUGGCUGCCACUUCUCCAUUGACUAGACGUUCUUUAGCUAAAUUGGGAUUUAGGGUCCAGGUGGCCUUCCUGAUGUGGUAGGACUCAUAACUCCCCACUACCGCCAGCUAGCAUGGCCAGUGGACAAGGGUCAUGGGAAAUGUAGUCCAUCUGCAUCUGAAGGACCAUAGAUUCCCCAUCCCUGGUGUGUGGAGAGUGGUGUUGACAGAGAAGCACACCAAAGUGCCCAAAGGGAGUUUAAUGACUUCUGUCUUGCAGGUGGUCUGUGUAGUCCCUUACAGCUUUUUAAAAUCAGCCGCCUGAUUUUUCUUCUCAAAACUGAAUAAAACUGGGGACUGGCCUGCAGUGCCUAUUAUGAACAUACAGUCCCACCUUAUGUUCCCCCCUUAGGACUUAAUUAUCUCAUUCAGUUUUUUAACAUUCAUUUCAUUACAAUUAUUUCUAUCCUGGCUUUCAGGAUAAGAAUCCUUCCAAAGCAGCUGAGAGGAAACAUUAAAUUGCAUUUAAAAACGAAAGAAAAGAGGAAACAGUACUGAUAUAGUAAAGAAAAUCAGGAUCCUUCCCACAGGGCAGUUGGUGGUAAAAGGGUUUCUCUUCAUGGGAAAUCUUAGUUUCACACUAUAUUUGAAGCCUACAUACACAGAAAAAGCCCCAACAACCAUGCCCCUAUAGGAUAUGUGGCCUGCUGCUAUGGAAAGAGGAACAUGUGAUCAGGGAUCUCGCUUUGCAUUGGAAACCCAUUCUCUUUCCAGAUAUCCAACAUAUUUGUACCUUUGUGAUUUUCAUUGCUUUUUUUUUUUUAGUGAUUUGCUUGUUGCUUGUUUUUUUUAAAAAAAUAAUCUUUACAUCAUUUUUAUUUGUUUGAUGUUGGCUGCCAUGGCCUCUCAGUGGAAAGGUGGGAUUCAAAUGUUUUAAUAAAUAAAUGCAACAGGAGAAAUCGGGGGGGGGGGGGGAAUGUUUAUCACAUAGCAAGGACAGUUUAAACGACCUCUUGCGGUGGCCACAUCCUAACAAAAGAAUCCAGUGGAAGUUUGAACAGUGUGAUCCAAAUAGUAAGCAAUGUGCAUUGUCCAUGUUUUGGGUAUAGGGAGCUUCAGCUCCCCCAAUGUUUUUUGGCAGGGAGCAGUGCCCCCCAAUAUUGAGGGAGCUGCCCCAUGACCACCAGGUGCCCUCCAUGCGCCCCAGCCCAGGAGCUGGGCUGCAGCUGUGAUGAGUGAAGCAAAGAUCGUCAUGUGACGCGUCACGUGACCACGCCCCCUCAGUGGUGGAGGCAAGUUGGUGCCCCUGAAUAAGAACAGCCUAUAUCAACAAGGUAGAACAUCUGGGCCUGGACAAAAAAUUGUGAGCAUCAUCUGGGGCUUUAUCUGCUCCGUUGACACCCUGCAUUGGGAAGGCCUGACUCUGGAUCCUUCACUACAGCACACAUGAUGAGGCAGUGUGAUGUGAAAGCCUAGGGUUCGUUAGUCUCAAGGGUUAUAGAAAGAUUUUUCCAGAAUGCAUCUGCUUGUGGGGGGGGGGAAAGCCUUUUGGGGUACAGGAACUUUUGCUGAAGGGGCCUCUUAUGCUGAUCCUGUCAGCCAUAAGGCAUAAGCUUGCUUGUUACACACUGGGUGCUGAGCAUCAGGAAUGACUACAUGGCGUUAGUUGUUUUUCUUAGUCAUCCUCAUUCCCACAAGGACGAUGACAAGGCUCUGAUUAAAAGGCCCCCUUGCUGCUUCAGUACAAAAGUUCACAUGACUCACUGGCAGUAAGUCAGGUGGUUGAAUUCCUGGUUUCAGGUGUUGGAUGAACAGGACAGCUUAAAUUUUUAGUUCUGGGAAGGGUGCUUCCUGACAAUCUGUGCCUGUGGCUCUUUAGGAGGGAAGAGUCACACUUUAAUGCUUCCUGGAGGUUUACUGCUAUGGCUGUUAGCCAAGGUGUCUAGGAUGCAUCUUUGUAGAGCCAUAUUUUUGCAGUGCACAAAGAGGACCUCCUGUGCCCAAUCUCAUGCCCUGAAGCAAGACCUCCCAUGACUGAAUUCGCCCCUAUGCACAACAUGUUGAAGUUAGACCCUCAGUGAGUUAUGCUCAUGCCAGACUUCCCUGUAGGACAGGAAAUAAUUUUAGAAUAACCUGCCUGGCUGACUUUUAAAAAAGCAAGUUGUUGGUUUAGUUACUAAGUCUCUGAGGCAGUCCCACUCUCCUCUUCAUGCUGCAGCUGAAGUGGAGAACCUGUGGCUCUCCAGAUGUUGCAGGAUUACAACCCCAUCACCCCUGAUCAUUGGCCAUGCUGGCUGGGCCUGAUGGGAGUUGGAGUCUGACGACCUGCAGAGGACCAGAGGUUCCCCAUCUCUGUGCUACCAAAUAUAUGUUAGAGCCAAGGACUGAUCCAGUUCUGAUCCUUGGUUAAUUUAUUGGCCUAGCUGUGACUGAUUAUGGAGAGAAGUCUAGGACUUUUUGUUAGGUUCUGCCUCAGAAAGCCAUUUCAUGCUUGCAACUACAAAUCCCUUUAAACAAAUGUUGGGAAUAGUUCUAGCCUACAAAGGUAAAGGCAAAUUACUCAGACAUUAUUACGGCUCUGAAAUCCUUGAUGAAGCAAUUGUCUCUUCCCACAGGCUUGGAGCCUAAGAGACAUGCAUUGAUCACUGGUUUGUUAUGAUGAGAACGUUCUGAGACAAAAUUUGUGCCUCAUUCAUCCAAACUAUUUCCCCUCACGUAGUGAAUCCUGGUUUCUCUUUCAGGUACUAGAUGGUCUUUUAGCUCAGCAUGGGAUGGUAGAGAAUGUGGAACAAGGUAAGGAAAUGUCUUGCUACUCUCACUCUUAUCGUUGGUUUUUAUUCAGGCAUCUUGAGCCUUUCAUAUAGCUUUAAGUGCUUAUAUAUAAAUGAUUCAUUUCACGGGGACUGUUGUACUUAUUAAACAUCUGCUUCAUAGUACUCUGGAGUAAUGUGCGUCCUUACUGUCUCCCGUGCAAUAAAAUACAGGGACAUAUUUUAAUAGGGUAUAAAUAUGUAACAUGUAUAGGAAAAAUUGUCUUAAAGCACCCCCCAAACAUAGAAUUAUUCUGGACUUCAGGGUAAUCACUGAAGAAAAGCUUAUCCAAUAGCCACUUCACAAGUUGGUUUUGACACACAGGCGUAUUGGCACAGGAGAAACAUUGUCAUGUGUGAAGUGUCUAGCUGUCGGGAGAACACUUAUUGAGCUUGUGUGAUUGACACCAGAUUCAAAGCAAACGUACAUCCACUUUCUUAUCCCCAAAUCCUCUGAAGGGAGACUCUUGCUGGAUGCAAGAGUACUGAUUUAUCUGACUGCAUUUUUAAAUAAGUUGUGUUAUUCUUUCAGGGAGCCUGAGAUACUAAAACUUGCUUGCUUGCUUCUGCAACAGUGGCAGAUCAAAUAAACUAUUAGGCCUCUUCCUUCAAGCUGCAGGGUUCUGACACUCUCAGCAUUAAAAACUUCAGGCCAGAAGUCAGAAUCUGCGGAUGACCACACGCCAAAGACGUUACAAAGACUGAUAGUUUCACAUUAUGACAGCCAAGUGAUUUCCACAUUCCUGGCCUUUCCCCCUUUGCUGUCUAGACCACUUAACCACACACAGCUGAGCACAUAUGUGUAUCUGAGAGGAUGCAAGAGAAUUACUAUCUUACUAGUUCUGGAGCAUUUAGAUUAGUCUAGAUAUAGGGAAAAUGGAAGGUACACCCACAAUAUACCAUGUGCUUGUUUGUAUUUGUUGGAACUUGGGCAGUAGUAGUGCCCUGUAUUUGUGUGUGAUAUUGAGAAUGAUCUGUAUCUCCUUGGUUUACCUAAUAUUCAUAGUGUCUUUCUGUUGAAAUAUGAAGAAAACUCAGUUGGGGUUCAUACAUUGGCCUGGAGGCAGGUUUUCAGCAUAAAACCAGAAGCACUGGAUAUAGAAACAAACCAGAAUGAACAUGUUCUCCGUGUUAUGCUAUUAUGCCUGAUGUGUUUCAGAAUUAGAAAAUUCCUUCAUUGGGAGCAACUUACAUUUCUUACGGACAAUUUGCAAAGAUAAACCUCUGUAGCUUUCUCCUUUCUUGGUUUCUACUGAUUCUAAUUCUGAAAAAACACUUUGAGCAUAAUGAAACAUUUUGUUGUUUUUAGAACCUGUUCUCUCUGGGUUUUUCAAGACUUUCAGUAUAAACCCCUGUUUUGCCUAUGAGAUUUUUUUAGAUUUAAAAACUACGCAGUAAAUUAGGUUAGUUGUCUAGUCACAACUUGCUUCUGUCUUUUCAUUCAGCAAAUUCUACCCUGACAGACACAAUAUCCUGUAAAAGAAAUGAUUGCCAUCAUGCUAAUCUUUCAAGAGAAUUAAUCUAUGAAUGUAACCAACAGUCAUGAAAAGUGCUUAUCAAAGUCAUCUCAUUAAACAGAAAGCUGAUAGAGGGACAUGCUGGAGGAACUGGUUCACAGGAUUAUUUUAACCCAUGACCGCCAUGGGAAAAUAAAUGUUUUUGUCAUUUAUGUGCAUAGAAAGUCACAGGCUAAAUUCAUCCUGGAUAUGGUUUUUCAUGGUGCUGUGAGCUAACUGAAAUGUGGGAUAGUGAUGGGGUGCCAAAAGCCAAAUCCAGGCCAAAUUCAGCCAAUGACACUGCAUCUCCAAAUCGGCCUAUCAUAGCCUGUAGUGAAGUUCUGAAUCUCCAACAUAGCUGCUGUGGGCCGAGGUGACCAUGUGAGUUUCUUAGGACGCAAGAUUCUCAGUAUGAAGUUCUAGAAAACAUUUUGUAUGACAAUGAAUACGGAGGAUGGGGUUGAGAGAAACUCACUAAAUUAAUAUGAUUCAAAACAGAAGCUCCUCUUGUGAUAUUCUCCCACAUGGUAACCCAAACAUUUGUUUCUCUCUGCUCCCCUUCAGUUAAUACAGAAUCAGAGACAGCAGUUGUCAACGUUACAUAUGCAACAAAAGAAGAAGCAAAAGUGUAAGUGGCAGUUCUAAGUGUAAUUUUUACUCUUUCUUAUCUUUCUGCUCUGUUUUUUCUCCUGACAGUGUUCCCCGAAUUUUCUUCCUUUAUUUGCUGCAACAAAACUAGUGUGUGGUGCAUUAUGGCCUAGCUACCACUGUACCAGAAACAUCCAUCUAUCUACCUGUCUGUGCUAUUUGAGUGCUAACCAAUGAACGGUUUCUCUGAGGGCCAAGCAGAAUAGCUACUGAGAAAUGGGAGCACCCUGUUUUACCGGGAUGGGGAAGCUGUGGCCCUACCAGAUGUUGCUGGGUUUUAGCUUUGAUCAACCCUAUCCAACCUGACACUUGGUCAGGAAGAUGGAAGUUGUGGUCCAGCAACAUCAGAAGGAACACAAAGUUCCCAUCCCUUAUGUAUGAAGUGCCAAAUACUUCCAGCAAAUGAAAAAGGGGACAAUGGAUUCAACAUUGCUUUGACCAGUGGAAUUUUAUUCUAAGGACAGGACUGGCAAGCACCACCUUUGUGUCCAUAGAAAAACAGAAUUAGGGUUCCUUUAUUUAGUGCACUUAGCUGCAGAUAGUAAACAAUAUCCACAAAAUGCAAAAUAAUAUUAGCUAAUUUGGCAUUGGUAGUCUUUUUUUAACCUUUUAGUGAUUGCUAAUCAUUUUUGGCAUGAAUGUGUUUUUCACAAAAUAUGGACAGUUAUAUUCUCAAGAGUAGACUACUAAUUUUCACAGUUUAGCCUUUUCAGUUGAGUUUUCUGUUUCACAAUCCGCUGAAUAAUAAUUCACAGGAAUCACUUGCAAGAGCCACAAAACAGAGCUGGGCAGAAGUAGUUAUCACCUACUGAUAACUUCCUAGGUGAUUUGAAGUAGAUUAACAAGGAAUUUUGACUCCCAGUUGUUCACCAAUAGUAACAGCAUCUAAAAACUCCCUCACCCCAAAUCUUCAACCUUUUUAGACUGGGGACCCAAAAAUGUAUUUGGAAACACAUUUUUUAAUCUUCUACCAUAUAAUAAAUGGUCGUAGUGCUCCUGUUGUGACCCACCAGUUGAAGACCAGCACACUCGAAUCAUACUACUGAAAUGAAGGAAAUUUUUUUUGGGGGGUGGGGCUGAGAAAAUAUAAAGAACUGAACCAAGGAAUGCUGUUGGAUUUUUCUUUAGGGUUAGUUUAUUGUCAGGGAGGGAAAAAAAUCCCCUUUUUUUCUGUUUCAGAGCAAUUGAGAAGCUUAGUGGUCACCAGUUUGAGAACCAUUCCUUCAAGAUUUCCUACAUCCCAGACGACGAGGUGAGCUCCCCUCAGCCCCCUCAGAGAUCCCGGCGUGGGGGCCACUCUUCCAGGGAGCAGGGCCCCUCCCCUGGGGGCUCCUCGCAGCCCAAACAGCUCGAUUUCCCACUACGGAUCCUGGUCCCCACGCAAUUUGUUGGUGCGAUCAUAGGAAAGGAGGGCUUGACCAUAAAGAACCUUACUAAGCAAACCCAGUCCAAGUAAGUACCACAAAUGGUUUAAUUUCCUUCCACAGGGGCUCUGUCUGUAGCCUUUAUGUCCCUAGUUUGUGAUUUUUUAAAAGACCAAAUGCAGAGCAAUGGGCUCUGGUGUGCAUUGUGUAGCAAAAGCUUUGUCUCUUGCAGCAAAUUUUAAUCCCGUUCUGAUGUGUUUUGUAUACCUAUGUGGAAGUUGUGGCUUGAUAGGUAUUACAGCCCUGCAACUGUGAUGGUUAAAUUGUCCUUUUCAGACUCACCGUGUGUUUGCAGAAAUUCUGGAUAGUUUCACUAACCUGUUUUGUUAUGUACUGUCACCCAAAGCCCCUUUCCCCAGAGUUUGUUGUUGUUACUGCUUCUGCUACUGUUGCUGUUGCUGCUGCUGCUGCUACUGUUUUACCACCAGCAGCCUAUAGCUGGUUGCUGCUAUUCAGAACCAAAUAUCUUCUGCAUAACUGGGGUGCAAGGGGUGUUUAUAAUAUUUUAAUCAUUUUGUCAUCAAAUUGCUACUGUAAAUCUUUUCUGUAAGCUCCUCCAUCUCUUCCUGGAAUAGUUUAAUAACUGUACUCUAACCCUGAUCAUGUCAUCUGCGAUUUAGCCAGAAAAACAUAUUGUGUGCAACAACAUUAUGCGUAGGAGAUCAUCAAAACCAUCAAAAAGUUCAAGUAUUUAUAAGAAAAUAUAUAUGAUCCUACAACUAAGAGAGACCUUCAUUUUGCAUUAGGAAGCUUGCUAUUCCUGUGAAAGCAUUAUCUGAGCUAGUCAAAGUAAAAAAGAUGAGGGAGCCCUCUCAUCUCCUUUAGAGAGGAGCAAGAAUUCCUUUGACUAUAUUAUUUGAUGCUUGGUAUUCUUAAGAGCAUAAUAGUUUUUUCAAGGAAGUUUUACAUUGGAUGUAAAAUGCUAUAUAUGUUACAUUACAGUGUCCAAUUUGGGUUUUAUUGAAGCUGAAACCCAUUCCUUAGGUGUAAAGACCUUGGAGAAGGAAAGUCUAUAUCAAAGCUUGCUUUGGCGAGACACCUAAGUAUAAACCUGUGUGAGAUAGAAAGGGCAGGAGUCUGCCUGUCCUGAUCACAGUUUGAACUUGUUCUGCCUCUGGCUCCAGCAGAAGUAACUGCGCUUCUUGUUUCCGCAGGGUGUGUGUGCAUAACAUCCCAUGCAUGCAAACUACAUGAUGGUGAUCCUGGAAAUUACUGCAUGGUUUGGGCUUACGGUCAUUGAGCUUUACGCUUUUUUUGUCUUGUGGAAAUAUUGCAUCCAAUGUAUGGCCACCUGGUGGACCUAGAAGUGGGACAUGCAUGCCUGAUGAAUGGGUAUGAUCCCAUCCAGUCUACUCUGCUACAAUACCUGGGCUCUCCUCCAAACUAGUUCCACAUUUGUCAUUUUUAGUCAGCAGUGUUAAGCUCCCACACUACUUUUCUUCUGCCACACUGUAAACAAGGAUGCCACAGGAUAAUGGCAGUGACUAGCAGGUCUGCUUAACCCAGCGGUGGAGAACCUUUAGCCCUCCAGAUGUUGCUGGACUGUCUCUCCCAUCAUCCCUGACCAUCAGCCAUGUUGUGUGUUGCUGAUGGGAGUUGGAGUUCAACGAUAUCUGGAGGGCCACAUGUUCCCCAUACCUUAUUGAAUCCUUCUAAGUUCCUUGUCCCAGAGCCACCACCCACCCCAAUAUUGGGAUGCUAUGGCUUCUUUACACGUGUGAUGUUCUCCUGCACUGCACCCCAGACGAAGGCCAACACAAAGGAAACCGGUGCCAUGUGAAGGUUAAAUGACUCAGUGUGGCAGCUGCUUCUCGCAAUACAAGACGUUUUGUGUGCAGUGCCACAUAGAUUGGGCUGAUCUUUUUGAUUUAAUUUUACUUAUUUAUUGGGUGGGCGAGCCUCAUGGUGGCAUGGAGAAAAAUUGCCUGGUCUCCAGGAUGAGCUGCUACCCACAGACAGCUUGUCUUGCCCACAGGAAGCCAUUUACAACAGCCUCCACAUAGUGACUGUUUCAUGUGCACCAGCCUUCAAAGAUGCCUUAUAAGAUAUUGCAUUGUUUUCCAUUUCUGCAAGGUCACUCACAAUCUGAAUCGAAAUGCUAGCUUGGUUUUUAAAUGCAUGCAAAUUGUGUUAAUGUCAAAAGGCCAAUGAAUUAUGUAUUUUUAAAUACAUUCUUUGAGUCUGUUUAUACAUACGAUUCUGGGAGCAUAAAGGGCCAUUUCUGUACCGGCAGUCUAGCUGGUGUGGGGUAGAAGCACUUUGGGGAUGUUGUCUGUGGUCUCCCUGACUCUCAUCAUGAUGGUGACUCAUGAAACAGCACUCUCACGUGGGUGGGUGUGAUGAUGCAGCUUGUUUGAACCAGUCCUGUGCGUGAAUCGAGCAUGAAGAUGCUGUGGCCCUCCAGAUGUUCUGGGACUACAACUCUCAUCAUCCCUGACCAUUGGCCAUGUUGGCUGGGGCUGGUGGGAACUUGAGUCCAACAACAUCAGGAGGGCCACAGUUUCUUCAUACCUUAUGUAAAUGAUUAUACAGUGGUGCCUCGCAAGACGAAAUUAAUUCGUUCCGCGAGUUUUUUCAUCUAGCGAAUUUUUCGUCUUGCGAAGCACGAAAUCCCAUAGGAAUGCAUUGAAAUUCAAUUAAUGUGUUCCUAUGGUCAAAAAAAAGUCCAAACAAAGCCAAAUUUGGUACAACAAGAGUUUAUUAAGUGCUCUUUAAAGUCACACAUACUGUAAAGAGCAUUUCAAAAAUUGAAGGAACAAUAAAUUAAGUUUCUAAACAUGACAGAAAAACAUUUAAAAAUCAACAAAGUGUACAGUACAUUUUCUAAGACUCUGGGGACAACUCGAAGAAGGUUCCUCUUCCACUCUUUGCUUUUUGCUGAAGAACCCCUCCUCAACUGUUCCCCCAGCCACCCACCACACAGAAAUUCAAAUCCAGAAUUUUUUUUAAAAAACAGCAGAGUGGCCCAAUGGUCACAGAAAAUCAUAAAAAUGCAGAAAAAACCAUACAAACUUCCAGAUUCUUGCAAACCCCUCCUCAACUGUUCCCCCAGCCACCCACCACACAGAAAUUCAAAUCCAGAAUUUUUUUUAAAAAACCGCAGAGUGGCCCAAUGGUCACAGAAAAUCAUAAAAAUGCAGAAAAAAACCAUACAAGCUUCCAGAUUCUUGCAAACCCCUCCCCAACACCAAGUCCUUGAAUUCCAAACACCCCAACCCAAAAUCCAAAAACCCCAAAAAAGUUUUAAAAGUUUAAAAGAAGUUUUGGAAAAGCUUCAAAAAUCACCAAAGUCUUCAAAAACCUCAAAAAAGGCUACCACACCGCGUUCUAUGAGUUGCUCCUCGAAGUCAAGUCGCAACUGUAUUAACGGUGUUAAGAAAAAGGAAACAAACUUGCAAGACGUUUUCGUUUUUCGUCUUGCGAAGCAAGCCCAUAGGGAAAUUCGUCUUGCGAAGCAGCUCAAAAAACCGAAAAUCCUUUGCGAAGCAGCUCAAAAAACAAACCCUGUAUUAGGGUAUGUUUGAGUAUACCCAUGCAUGCAUAUACAGUGGUACCUCAGGUUACAUAUGCUUCAGGUUACAUACGCUUCAGGUUACAGACUCUGCUAACCCGGAAAUAGUACCUCGGGUUAAGAACUUUGCUUCAGGAUGAGAACAGAAAUCACACGGCGGCGGCAGGAGGCCCCAUUAGCUAAAGUGGUACCUCAGGUUAAGAACAGUUUCAGGUUAAGAACAGACCUCUGGAAUGUAUUAAGUUCUUAACCCGAGGUACCACUGUAUAUUCAUGCACUCUGCUUCCUUUAAAUUUGGUUCCAUCCAGAAUCCAUUUUCAAGGGGUUAGAUAGGUGAGUAAUCCUCUAUAGAGAACUCAGUCAUUCCUGGGAAUCUCCCUUUGUGGGAUCCAGAGCAUUGUUCCCUGUAAGAAAGGGAGAUGUACUGAGCAAGAAAUCUAAACUUCUGCAGUGAAGCUAAUCUUUCUUGCUUCUAACAUAUAAUUGUAUUAAUAUUUAAGGUAAUACUUUUUUGAGGAAGCACAUGAUAUGUUUACUGCUUUGUAGCCUUUCAACAUCAUCUAAUGUGUCCAGGAAGGUGUGAUAAUUCAGAAAACAGUGAUUUGCAUGGCAGCCAAACCAGAGAAGCAUUUAGCUGUGAUUUUCUUUCACUCAAUUUUUUAUCCUCACAACAACCAGUGAGUUAGGUUAGUCUGAGAGUGAAUGGCCCAGGGUCACUCAAUGAGCUUCAUUGCUUAAUGGAGAUUUGAACCCACGUCUCACCAAUGAUGGUUUGACAUUCUAACCACUACACCACUCUUCUACACUUUGGUGUCUUAGUCUCACAUGUUCAAGCUCACAUAAUCUCAUCUCCUUCCUUGACUUCUUGGGUUUGCAAGAAGUGCAAAAUUGUGGUUUCUGCUUGCCCUGAAAUAGAAUUGGAAACCGUGGUUUGAAACUGGUUUUUGUGUCAUUGGAAGGCAAGUGUAUACCUUAAUCUGCUGAUGUAAUAGCAAACAAUGGUUUGCUAUGUACGUGGCAGUCCGGAAGGGCAUCAUAGCAUGAGAGGAAUGAGCACAGGAGCUGGAAGCUUGCUCAUGUAAUGCUGAACCAUGUAUAAAUGUGAACCGUAAAUCUUAAUGCUUUUCUUGCAUUAUCCUUUAUUUAUGUUCAAUGCUUGCUUGAAGAUGGGUUCUUUGCUGGUGGUUAAUCAUGUCAAAUAGCCUUGUACACUGUUAGAUGCAGUUCCUUCGCUGGUUUAUUAGGGUGCCAGCUUCAGGCACCUUUCUCUGACCCCUAGCAGAUUUCUUUGUAUGGGCUCUGUUGCUGCAGGGUAGAUAUUCAUCGGAAGGAAAACGCUGGUGCCGCAGAGAAGCCAAUCACCAUUCACGCCACCCCAGAGGGGUGUUCAGAAGCAUGUCGCAUGAUACUUGAUAUUAUGCAGAAGGAGGCUGAAGAAACAAAAUCGUAGGUAUCACUGGCAUUGAUAGGGAAAGCACGAAACAGAACCUUUAGCACCUCAAAUAGCAAGUCUUGCAUGCAUGUAACAUUGUGCAUCAAAGGUUCAUACCACACAAAUUCGCCUUUUAGAGCAUACACAAGGCCUUUUGCCUUUUCCACUUCUACAGUCUAUCUUCUACAGGCUGGAAUCUCAAUCGGCUAGAGGGAGAAGACAAAGAAAUACCAUCUCAAAUUGACCCACAAGGAGUAGGGAUCCUGUAUAGUCUAUAAGCCUUAAUUAAUAUAUGUUUGGGAAUUAAUACAUUGCAUUUUUAUUGAUUAAAUAAGCAUUUCUACCCUUCCAUAAGCAGAUGCUCCUCAUGCCCUGAGAAUUAGCUUGAAGUUUAUCUACAGGGCUGUGACUCAGUGUCAGAACAUCUGUUUUGCAUGAACUAAGGUUCUGGGUUUAAUCUACAGCCAUAGGAGCCAACUCCUAGGUGCUGAGGUCCCUUCACCUCCCCCAAUAAAAUACUUGAGGGGGCUGCCCCCCGCAGUUGACAGCCAUUGUCAUUCAAAUGGUGUGUGUGUGCCGUGUCUCAUAAUCUGUUUUGUGGGGUGGGGCUUACCUGCCCCCCACCCCAAUAUUUUAUUCAAGUUGGCACCCUUGUCUCCGGCAUCUCCAGCUAAAGGAUUUUUGACUGUAGCAUGACCAGUAUAAGAUUCUGGAAAGCAUCUACCAAUCAGGAUGCACAGUAAUGGGCUUUGGGAUCAGGUUGCAGCUCGGUGGCUGAGCAUUUGCUGUGCUUUCAGGGGGUCCCAGAUUCAACCCCCAGGAUCUCUAGGUAGGACUUGGAGAAACUCCAGUGGUCUGUCUUGCUAUAAGGCAGUGGUUAUGUUGCGUUGGGUGGAGUAAUGGACUCUGUUUAAAGCACCUCAUAUGAAAUAUAUGUAAAUACAUAUGCCUGCACUCAGGCACACAUACUAAUUUGGUCCAGUGGUGAAGGCCUUAACCCCAUCGCUAGCUGAAAAGACUCCUUUGUGUUUUUUAACACCCCCCUCCCUUUUCAUGGAAUGGAUGAGGUCUUGCUGGAUCAUGGAACUCCUGGUUAUGUAAAGAUUGCAGCCAGUGUUUCAUUCUACGGCAACUAAAUAAAUAAAGCCACCAUUGGCAUAUGUCACCUCCUCUCCCCACCUUCUUUUUUGGCCAUUUCUAAUUUUAGCACACUGGUUUCAUUGUAGACAUUUGAGAAGUCAUACAUCUUUUCACAUCCUGCAUUGCUAGGCCUGAUGGACUGAUUUGGCCCAUGUUAAUAGGUGGCUGGAACCCUUUGAGUGAUGGAUCUGGACACUUAUAUGCUUUGUGGUCAAAAGCAGGCUAUAGGAAGCAGUUAUCUAGCUAGGCUUGCUCGGCAGCAGGGUCCCAAAUGCAAUAGGUGCAAGGGUGGUAAUGGCUUGGGUGUGGGGUUUAUGAAGUCUGCUAUGCAGAUCACAUCUAUGUCAUUGAAAUGCAACCAAAACAAUUGUUGCCUUCUAUAUGUGUCAUUACCAUGAACACUGAAAAAAUGCGGUGAGGAGAGAAAUUUAAAUACUGCUCUUUCACAGUUUAGCUUCUGAGUUUGUACCUGGAAAAGCAAUGUGUGCGGCCAAGUGUUUAUGAAGCUGACUGGUUUUCCAGGACGUUGUAAAAGGCUGCAGAUAAUCAUGGUUAUCCUAUACGAUGCUGGGAGGUGGUGUUGGGAAAUGUACCAUGGUCUUCUCCAAGGACCAACAGUGAAGACUUUGGAGCUGCAUCUCUCUGUACAGUGGUACCUCGGGUUACAUAGGCUUCAGGUUACAAAUGCUUCAGGUUACAGACUCUGCUAACCCAGAAGUAUUACUUCAGGUUAAGAACUUUGCUUCAGGAUGAGAACAGAAAUUGUGCUCCGGCGGCGCAGCGGCAGCAGGAGGCCCCAUUAGCUAAAGUGGUGCUUCAGGUUAAGAACAGUUUCAGGUUAAGAAUGGACCUCCGGAACAAAUUAAGUACUUAACCCGAGGUACCACUGUAUUGCUGAAGGGCCCUGUAAAGUCCAGCUAGGGAACCUACUUCAGAAAGGAGGACUGGGGGGAAGACUAAUGUCAGAAAAUAUGAUUUAAUGUUUUUUCACAUCUUUCAGAGCUGAAGAGAUUCCCUUGAAAAUCUUAGCACACAAUAGCCUAGUUGGGAGAUUGAUUGGCAAAGAAGGACGAAACUUGAAGAAAAUUGAGCAGGACACAGGGACCAAGAUCACCAUUUCUCCGUAAGUACCGCUGACCAGGUAGGCGGUCAAAUUACACUUCUCAAUUAGACCAAGGAGAAAUUUACAGUAUGUACCUGAGCACAACCCCUUCACCCCAAAUAUUGGGUGGCAUCCAAUAACCCGCCUCUCUUUGUAACAUAGAGCAUGAGUAGCCAACGUAGGGCCCUCCAGAUGUUUUUGAACAGCAAACCCCAUCACUCCUGACUAUUGACCAUGCUGACUAGGACUGAUGGGAGGUCAAGUCCAUUAACACCUGGAGGGUACCUGGUUGGCUAACCUGGCCUUUUAGCAGUUGGAAAAAAAUCCACCAUCGAUACCAUAUAACCGGGUGUCUCUGUGUGUGGAAUACUUCCUGACACCACGGAGUCAGAUGGUGGGAUUGUCCUCUGGACAGUUUGAAGUGAAAAGCAAGAGGCUCUUGCAUCCAUCUGCGCUCAACCUAAAUAACUUGUCUUCUUGAUCUGCGUUGUUCUCACCAAUAGAUUUAACUUUCUGGAUUUGCUUUAUAAAAAUGAUUAUUGCCUAGCCUGUACCACAGGGCACGUUACAAAUCCCAGGACAUUUGUUCUUCUCCGAUUGUCCAGUUUGCAGGAUUUAACCAUUUAUAACCCCGAGAGGACCAUCACCGUGAAGGGUAGCAUUGAGGCCUGCUCCAAUGCUGAGGUGGAGAUCAUGAACAAGCUUCGGGAAGCCUACGAAAAUGACAUUGUAGCAGUCAAUGUAAGCUCUUGAUCCUGCCCUAUUUGCGUGUGUGCUUGCUGUGUGAGAAUUCACUGGUCCUGGGGUAAGAGUCCGAUAGUCACCAUGGGGGCAAGUAGAGAUGGGAGGUGUGUGAAUGCCUUGCCCACCCCAAAGAAAAUGCCAGACACCUUCAGGUCUUACUUCACCGGACGAAAGUUAGGUGGCCCAAACAUAGUUUCCCCAGCCCUCCCUCAGGUUGCUUUGUUGUUUCUCAUUUCCCCUUGUGUUUCUUUCCAGCAACAAGCCAAUCUGAUCCCUGGACUUAACCUCAAUGCAUUGGGCAUCUUCUCGACAGGCUUAUCCAUGCUCCCCUCUGGAGCUGGAGCCCGCAGGCCUGCUGUCACUGCCCCAUACAACCCUUUUGCUGUAAGUAGCUGGUGCAUCCUCUACCCUGUUAUGUAUGUGCCUCUGCAAAUGUACUCUGUGGUGUUGUCCUGCUGCCCUCUAGAGGCAAGGAGGAGACACAACUACCAGUUCCUGCAAGCAGAUCUUUGCUUCAAGUGUAGUGCUUUGGAGUGUGCCCUGCUACGCAGUUUGGGGGAAGCGGGCAGGUGCAAUUGCUGGGGCAUGGAAGUGAGGUCUUUGGUGAUGAUAGUAUUGGAGACUCAUCCCUGUGGGCUUUUAAGAAAGCCGGUCUCCCCUUAAAUCCUAGGGCAACUUUCAGACAACAUUGGCGUCCAUUUUGUUUACCCAGUUGGCUGACUUUGCUUACCUGUUCAGAAAACAAGAACCUUUUGGGGGUUUCUUUUGUGAGUGUGCCAGGUAUCACAGCCCACACAUUUGGCCACAGAAACAGGGUGCUGCGUGAUGUGACCCUCUUCCUCAUGAUAGCUCACCUCUACCCCUCUGUGGUGAGCUAACUUUGGAAACCAGCUGCAGAAGGUAUUCUGCAUAUCUCUGGGAAACAGGGGUGUCCUUAUCUGAUUAUGUGUAAUCCCAUGCAGAACAGCAUGGAUUUUUUUGUUCAGCAGUGGCAGCACUCAUGUGCAAAGUGCACCAUACCUAGCUAAAUCUUGUAUUGGGCUUUUAAAUAUAUAUAGGGGAUGUCCCACAGCUCGAUGGUAGAGCACAUGCUUUACAGGUGCAAGGUCCCAAGUUCAAUCUUUAGCAUCUCCAGUGAAAAAGAAGGAUCUGCAGAUAGAGAGAGGUCUUGGAGAGAUGCUGCCAGCCAGAGUAGACACUACUGUGCUAGAUGGGCCAAGUGUGUGAUUCAGUGCAUGGCUGUUUUACACACACACACACAUUAUAUAUAUAAUUUUAAAAUAUUUUAAUACCACAGUUCCUCAAAAUCAAUGAAAUUAUAAAAGCAACAGUAAAUUUAAAAAAUACCGUGCAAUAGAGGGGAAAACCUAGCAGUGUGGUAAGAGAUAAAAGUAGCUGCCAGCCGAUCAUAACAGUUAGCAAAAGCAAUCUGAAAUGUAAAAUAAAAUUGAUAGUAGGGAGGUUCAUUCUUGCUUUUUCUUGACCCACUUCCAAUCCCCUUUGAACUGCCGCCUCAGUUUCCUGGACCUCCUGGAAGCUCAAGCUGCCUCUGAAGGUUUUACUUUUUAAAAAUAAACAUAUUUAUUUAUUUAUUUAAAAUACUUUGACACACACACCCAUAAGAUGUGAUACCAGAAUGGGGAAUAAGAAUAAGAUUAAUAAACCAGCAACUACCAUCCCCACAAAGAGAAAUAAAAGGAUCAGAUAAGGGUUUUUUGUUUUUUGUUUUUUUAAAGAUGUAUAUACAUGUGCAUCCCUAGAUAGUCCUCCAUGUAGGUAGAAGCAUUUAUUUAUUUUUUAACGAGACUGGGUGGGCCAAUUUUGCUCCUAAACUGAUAGGCACACAGACACCCCCCACCCAAUAGAAACAAGUGGGACCUGGAACAAAACAGUGCACCCUCUUCUCAUCUACUAAUAGGAAUGCUCAUGGUCAGGCUUUCGCCAGCCAUUCCAUUCCCCGUUUUUUAGAUUUCCAGCUGACAUGUAACAUUAUGUGGCAGCCCAGCAUUCCCAGUCCUCAUUUGGCUGUGUUUUGCCCCCUUAGGUUUUGUGUUCAAAACGGACGUUUUUGUACUGCUCUAAACCUCGAGGUUCCUUCCCAUGCUUGCUGACUCCUCCCUCUAGUUUCUCUGUGGCUCGGUUUUUGGCUACAAUCCUGUCAGCACUCACUACCUGAGCUCACAAUCAGAAAGGGGGAUGAUACUGUUCCAUGUCAACUUGGACACAAUCUUUACAGUGGAGGCAGUUCGUGAAUUGAGCUGAGAAUCAUCCAAGUCACACUGGAAAGGGAUUGGUGAUGUCAGCGUCAAGGGGGCCUUGCAGAAAUGCCGGUUACAGACACCCACACCCACGCCUCGGACAUGUGGCCCUCUGCCUCCAGCCCCUCCCCACUGACUGUCACUUUCUUUCCUGCCGUAGAGCCACGCGGCAUACCUCUCGGGUCUCUAUGGAGCCUCGCCGACUGGCGCAUACCCGCAUCAGCACUCUGUAAGUGCAUUGCCCUGCUCUUCCUGGAUGCUGGCCUUCCGUGCACCUUGCUUUGCAGCACGCCCUGUCUUCUCGCUUAGGAGGCUUUUAAGUGGUUCUGUUCCGGAGCAGUUUUUCCGUACGUUUCUGCCUGCUCAGUUGCACCGGUGACAGUAACGCACAGCAAAGCCACAGAGGAGCUUCUACACUGCCCUGCUUCUUACCUUGUACAGUGUUGCCUCAAGUUAAGAACUUACAGUGGUACCUCGGGUUACAUACACUUCAGGUUACAUACGCUUCAGGUUAGACUCCACUAACCCAGAAAUAGUACCUCGGGUUAAGAACUUUGCUUCAGGAUGAGAACAGAAAUCGUGCUUCGGCGGUGCAGCGGCAGCAGGAGGCUCCAUUAGCUAAAGUGGUGCUUCAGGUUAAGAACAGUUUCAGGUUAAGAACGGACCUCCGGAACGAAUUAACUACGUAACCAGAGGUACUACUGUAGUCACAGGGAGCCAGGUGCCAAUUCCCCCCCCCCCCCGUUACCUUCUUCACACUUGUUUUUUCUAGAGUGUUGCCACUUACACUUUGCAACUUGCAAAGCUGCCUUAUACUGUCAGACUAUUGGACUGCCUUUGCCCAGUACUGUCUGACUAGCAGUGUCUCAGCAGGGGUUUUCCAAACUGUCCCGCCUGCGAUCUUCUUAACUGGAGAUGCCAGGGAUUGGAUCUGGGAGUGUUUGAAUAGAAAGCAUGUACUCUACAAUUAAGCUGUGACCCAUUCCAAAUAGCAGGACACCUUCAUGGAUAAGGGCUUUGUCAUUCCAUAGCUAUGCAGAAAGUAGAUCUUUGUGCCACGAACACCUUAGCCUAAUGUUAUGGAGCCAUUAAAGGUUGCAGCCCCAAUCCAUCAAAAGGUGGCAAUGCUAAUAAGCCUUAGCCUUGCUUGCUUUGCUAGAUUUUCCUAUCCUAGGAGAUGAUAUUCAAACAGUCCUUGACAAUAUUCAUCCAUGAACCCUACAGUGCCUGGUUCUUCCUUUUCUGCUCUACUCUUGUGCUUUCUUGUGCAGCUUGCAUUCUCUUUCUGAUGGUGCUGUGCCAGGGGCCUUUCACCCUAGAAAGGUGAGGCAGUGUGGGUAUUGCUCACACGAACAAAAAAAUGUGUCUGGGGUUAGGAAGCCAAGCCUACUAGCACUCUGCGUUCAGUUCUUCAUUCCAUCAAAUUGUAGAGCAGUAAGGUUGGAGGAGCAAGAAAGGUAAAUGAAGUAUUAUCCUGAUGGAGUUGCUUAUUAGCAUUCCUGGAUUAAUUUUAGCCUCCCGUCUAAAGUGGAUGCUUUGAUAUUUUGGAGGCUGGCAUUCCACUUCUUUUCUAGCAGGAUUCAGGUAACAGGAUUCGGAUAAACCCAUUCUGGAUCACAGGGAGAAAGCAAUCAGUACUAAUGCUCUACAAUAAGUCACCUCCUUUUUCUUUUUUCUGUUCCUAUGUCUUUCUUUUUUAAAACAAAGUUUGGCUCUCUCCCUACUUCUUGGCCUGAAAACAGGUUCAGCCAUUUAUUCCUGCGACCGAUUCUUUGCUGGCUGCCCCAUCCUGGGCAUGCACUUCUGUGUGUGUAGUAAGAAUAAGAAGUGGUCCUUGCACAUACAUAAACAGCAGCAAAAUGCAUGUUUAAGUGUGCAAUCAAACAGUCCCUAUAACUUCCCUGCUUUCUUCUGUUGUUUCCAAAAGAAUGUCAUAUGUGACUGUUUCACAAUCUACAUACUGUGGAAGGUUUGGAACUGAGAGGGCAAGGGGACAUGUCAGUUGAAUGGAACCUAAGUUGUAAGCUAGCACAAUAUACAAGACUGUAGAAUAGCUUUUAAAGUUUAUAUAGCAUGAAAUUGAUCUACAGUUUCCUUGCAUUUUGAUUCAUGAGGAAUUUGUAAAGAGUACUUGAACUUACAAUUUCAGCCUCUAAAUGCCUACUUUAAGGUACUGUUUUUACUUUUUUUAAAAUGUCAGAAAGGAGAAGAAAAACUGAUUCCUCUCCAGGCUCUGUGGUCUGCAGAGGGUACUUACUUGGUUGUAGCCUGGGAGAAUCUUAGUUGAAAUUCCAGUUGAAUCAUUGUUCUGUAGCUGCCUGCAGCAUUGGCAUAAAGUCAUGUUUUGUGACUUCAUGCCAAGAGAUAAUUCAGUACACAUUAAUUAAGCACAUUCUGGCAAAACAAGUACUGGUACUUAGAUAAGAAAAUACUUAACUAAAUUUCCCUAGUCCAGGAAUCCCCUUAGACAUAAAGCAUUGUCUCAUUCAGAUAGGCAACCUGUGUUGGUUCUUGGCUCACAGACGCUUUGUUACUGAGACUCAAGUGGAAAUAGAAAGCAAUAGUUUUAUUUCUUUUUGUACCAUUGCAGUAUAUAUCAACAAUCAAAGGGGUACGACACCCUUGUAUGUUGAAAGAGGGGCAGUCGAUUGAGAGAAGAUACGACAACACCACACCAUGACCAUCGUUUUGGCUGGAUUUCGCUGGCUUUGCCAAAACUCUUUGUCAGCAGACAGCAACACACACACACUUAAUACUCCCAUCAUUUGCUUUGACCAGAUUGCUCUCCCUGGUUUUGUUUUCCCCAUUGAACUUGAUGAGACCUGCUCCUCAGUAGGCGUGUAUAGGUUUGCACUGUAAAUCCAGUAGAUUUCAGUAGGUCUUCAGUUGUCUGAAUAGUUUGAUUUGCAUGGUGCUCACUGUAUUUAACUCCCAGUCCCUGGUGAUAGCUCUCUGCUUUAACUCUUCCUUGCAUUCUCCUUUCCUCCUUCCGUCUGAGAUUUCCUUGAGGAGUGCUUGUCAUUAAACUGCUGGGGUGGAUUUUGUCUGUCGUCUGACAUGAGCCAGGGCUUGCUUGCUUCCUUGCUUGCUUGCUGCUCCCCACCUUGGGAAAGCGAUACAGGUGGGAAUGCUUCGUUUUUCUUCCCAAUAUGCAUUUCAUGUCCCUUUGCUGUCCACAGUUGCCAGAGCAAGAGGUGGUGAACUUGUUCAUCCCAACACAGGCAGUGGGUGCAAUUAUCGGGAAGAAGGGCCAACACAUUAAGCAGCUGGCAAGAUUUGCAGGUGCCUCAAUCAAGGUAAGAAACCCACCCACCCGCCCCUCGCCCUUUCCUGCAUUGCCUCUCACUCCAGCUCAGAAACCAAGUGCUACAGAACUCUGCCUGCCUCCAGCUCUGAUUUCUUAAAUCCAUGGCCAAUACUGCCAGGAGCAGUUGUGCGUGAAGACCUUCCUGCGACACAAGCGCUGCCAUUAAGUGUUCUACCACCUCUUCAUCAGUUUUUCUUAACUGCAUUCAUAUUCCAUCCUUCCUCCAAAGAAUUCAAGAUAGCAUUCCAAAAAUCUGGUUGAAACAAUUUGCCAUCAGCAACUGGUGUGUCUGCAAACAAAAGAAGCCCCGUUGGAUAAGGGGAGAGAGAAUAUGCAUCAACAGGAGAGGUGCCCAGCCGCAUAUCUUGGCUAUGGACAGCUCCUCAGAAACCAGUUAUCGGUUUAGAAAAGACAGCUGGCUGCACACCCAGGACAGCUGAUAUAUUUGGGAAAUGACUCAUUAGUGGAGACUGACUCGUUACUCUUGGGGCUUGCUGAUGAUUGAGUGGGCCUGACCAGCCCUGCAUGACACGAGCAAGUAAAGUUUGGGUUAUACAUAGCCAGUUGGGGAAAGCUCAUAUGAAUCAUUGCCUAUUGGGGCUUGUAUUUUUAGGAGGCAGCCUGUGAUAUACCCAAACUACUGCACAAACUAUCUGGGUAUACACGAGGCUCUAACACUACUCCUUGUUUCUAUACUAUCAGAGGCUGCCUCUCAUGUAUGUUUCAGGUUUUGGACAUGGAAGUGCUCCUGCAGCUCAUUCCUGAUACUAAAAAAUGUAACACAGGAUGUGUCCCUUAAGGGGACUCUCUUACUAGCACUGAGCCAAAGCGGGGUGUGUACGUGUAAUAUGCAACCUUUUACACUCUUCAUAGUGGUGUUGUGUCCCACUUCCCCGUUCCAGUGGUUUCUUGGUCUCUAUGUGCAAACAGUGGUAAAGCAUCUGAUAAGAUGGAGGGAGGCGUGUAGGUUGUGCAGUGGAUCAUUUUCUCCUCUUUUUUCAAAGUGCAGACUACUACUUGAAGGGGGCACCUGGUAACACAAUCUGCAGCAUGCCUCCCCACUGCCUGCUGUAAUACUUGCCAAGCGAGGGGAGGAGUUGUGCUGCAGAGAGAAAUGCAAUUUUUCAACAGAAGUUUCAACAACUCUGGCACUGAAACUCUCCUACCAAAAAUCAAACCCUGCUCAAAAUGUGGUGCAGCAUUACCUUUAAGCUAGGUGCUUUCAAGAACCCAGAGGUGAAUGUAAACUAGUCUACCGUUUCACAAUAAUUAAAGAGCCCAGGUAGAAGCCUUUGGCAUUGUGGAGCCCAGAGUUCAUGUGCAGUAUCUGUUUUUAGUCUGGAAGCUUUUUAAGUAGAUCCUGUAAUCUAGGGCUUGUUGCAAAACCUCUGCACCAGGGUUAUUGAUGGAGGGCAAAGGGCCAAUGCCACUGGGACAAAUUUGCUGCACUGUGCUGUGUUCUCUGUGACUUGCAGAUUGCACCAGCUGAGAGUCCAGAUGCCAGUGAAAGGAUGGUGAUCAUCACUGGGCCUCCAGAAGCACAAUUCAAGGUCAGUACAUAGCAAUCUUGUGUCAUGAAGUGCAAGGCAUCAGGGCCUGCUUGUGUCAGCUGCUGAAAACAUGAGGGAAGCAGCUGUCUAAGAAGGCAAGAGUGGCCAACCCCAACUAAAGCAGCCUGCCAGUAGAGUUCUGCUGUUGCUGCUAACCCAAAAUAUGGAGAGCAGUAGAGUCAUACAGCCCCACAUUCUUAGCUUUGAGCACCACAUACCCACACCCACCAGCCUUCCCUUAAAUAUUUCUCCAUUUCCAGCAAUUGUUUCAAACUUGACAGUGUCAUCCUAUAAUCACAGGGUACAGUUUCCCUAUAAGUUAGACCACUGUGGGGCUUACUUUCCAGUAAGUGUGCAUAGGAUCAAAGCUUAAAUCGGCUAGUUCCAAAAUAGUUGCCUGAGCACCCCUCUAUGUUCAUGGUGCUAUAAUUAGAAGUGCCAUACAAAAGGAGAGGUUGGGCUGGAGGGGAUUUUACUUUCUCUAAAACUUGGGGAAAUAGUCCUAUUAAGGGGUAACAGAAACAGUGCUGUGUGAAAGAAACUUUGAAUCCCAACUGGAGAAUGCGACCUGCCCCGCUGCAUCUUAAAACUUGCAGAACUUUACAACUGUUACUGGCCCUGAUACAAAGAACAUAUAUUAGUGUUUUAAAAGCAAACUAUUGUUUUUCCCUCCCCCUGCCCCCAAAUAUCGUCUGUUGACACGACAAAGUAUGUGCCACCGCUCGUCAUUUCAGUUCAGGAGGCUACUGGAGGAUUAGACUCACUUUGUGCCUCAUCAGCACCCCCCUGCGAAAUUCAUAUAUGGGCAGCUCCUAUAGAGUGCCAUUAGAUGAAGGUCCUAUUGUGCUAAAGUAUGCACAUAUUUAUGCUUUGACUCUUAAGUCAGCUGUUUGAGCAGAACAGCUGCAGCCCAACAGAAGAGGACAACACAUGGCCUUGUGCUACCAUUAGAAUCUAACCCUGUUAUUUGUAGCGUCUAAGAGCUGCCAUGCUCUUUUAAGAACUCAGAUCUAGGACCCCAAAGGCUGUUUGAUGGAGGUAGGGUUUUUAACCCCGCAAUAAGGGUAGAGAAGCUGGUAUGGGUCUGUCCUGGUUUCUAGGGCUGGAUUUUAGGUGCAGCAGAACAGGACUGCUUGUGCCGUUGUAGCUACAUUCAUUUUUGCACACUAUCUCGGAGAACAGCAGGCAAGAGGACAUGGUCCUGAUAGGACAAGUGGUUUGAGACUUUUCAUGUAGCUCCUAGUCAGGAACCUUGUUCCUUGGAAAGAGAAAGUGAGUUCUUUUAGAGUAUACAUUACCUUUAUAACCACAAAUUAUAGACUCUGGGAAAUUUAGCAGCUGGUCUUUUUGGUUUUCUUGAUCCCAGGCCCAAGGACGAAUAUUUGGGAAACUGAAAGAAGAAAACUUUUUCAAUCCGAAAGAAGAAGUGAAGCUUGAAGCCCACAUUAAGGUGCCUUCCUCCACAGCAGGUCGUGUGAUAGGAAAAGGUGGCAAAACGGUACGUGGGGCUGCUGCUAUCAGGGUCAAGGGAGGUAGAAAAAUCUGUGGGGUUGCAACCGUCCAACAGCUUGACCUCACCCCCCAAAUGAGCACUCCUCUAUUGGAUGCCAAGCGACGAGUCUUGUUACUUAAAAGCAAAAUGAGAGCUGAUUCUUAUUAGAUUUGCUUGCUUGAGGGCAGGAGUGGCAUGAAAAUCUAAUCAUGUUUGCUCCGCCUACUGAUUAUGCCAUUAACAUUUUUGCAGUUCCAAUCAGAUUUUUUUCUGUGCUGUUGCAGGUGAAUGAACUACAGAACUUAACUAGUGCAGAAGUAAUUGUACCCCGUGACCAAACACCUGAUGAAAAUGAGGAAGUCGUCGUCAAAAUCAUUGGUCACUUCUUUGCCAGUCAGGUGCAGUAUUUUAUAAUGGCUUAUUCAACAAUAGGAUAGUUAUGAAAACGUUAGCAAUGAAAUGACAGCCUUGAAGCUACAUGGAAGUUAUGGAAAUGUGUAGUCAAUGUGCAUGUACAUGCCAUUGAUUUACAUUCAUAGUUGUUAAGGGACAAAUAUAGCACACGGGUCCUAAAAUGGGGAAACUUUAAUUCUCUGGUACUUAAGAGUAUAAUGCAGAAACUGCUUAGCAGCUUCUGAAGGAAAAACAACAACAAGUGCUUCUUCCAGCUUUGAAAGUGCUCACAUCACUUUUCAGAGUUGUUGCCUGAAAGCAUGUUUGUGUCAGGCUGGCUGAAUAUAGAGAAUACAACUGCUACUGAAAUAAUUUCAUCUAAGCUGACCUUAGCAGGGCUUUCACAUAAGUCACAGUUGUUUACGUUAGCUCAGCUGAAGAUAGUGGAAUACUUACCACGGGUACCACAGAGGCUCCUCACCUGGGUCUUUCGUUUUGGGGAGAUGGCUCGCUGCAUUUCCUGACCACUAGCUAUAGCGAGAUUGCCUGUUCUUUUUCUCUUAAUAAUAAUUGUUCUUUUCUCCCCAUGUAGACUGCACAGCGCAAGAUCAGGGAAAUUGUCCAGCAGGUGAAACAGCAGGAACAGAAACACCCUCAGGGAGCCCCUGCCUCGCAGCGCAGCAAAUGA